AUUCUGGGUAAUGGAAUGAGGCCGCUUGCUCGUUGUCAUAGUAACUGUCAACAGGACCAUGGCUCUAUCAAGUGGCAGAGAGACUUUACCGGGGAAGCUAUGGGAACAAAUAUGUCAAGGUAUUCACUGGAGGGGUGGGGUAACCUUUACAGAAACCUUAGAUUCUGAGAGCAUGAUGGGCUCACAGCAUAUUAUUCCUGGACUCAUUGCAGGACUGUGUACUACUGAAUGGGAGGCUGUAAGGCAGGCUUCCCCAGACUCCCACCCUCCAGAUAUUGCUGAACUACAACUCCCAUGAUUCCAUGAAUGAAAUAGAUAGGCUGAGAAUCAUGGGAGUUGUAGUUCACCAACAUCUGGAGGGCCGGAGUUUGGGGAAGCCUGCUGUAUAUUUACUACACCUGACACUUCUUGACACUGGACGGAGCUACCGCCAUCUAGAAUUGUCAACCCCCCUACCCAUGUCCAGUGACGGCUGCAGAGUAUUGGCUCUGUCUAUGGAGGGUCUUGCGGGAUCUGCCAUAGACUUCUUGCGCAUGCUGCAUAGGACCCACUGAAGGAAGAUGGCAGCGCCUGCGAGGGACGGGUUCAGGGAAGUAGAUAUCACCUUUACCUGCCCCCACUACCCCUAGUCUGCCCCUGGAUCCCCAGCGGCGAUGUCACUUUCGGGGGUGUUGACUAAUUCGGCAAAGUCCCCAGAUGGUGACAGUGCCACUUUGAAGCAGGGUCCAUUAAUUAAUGGGUUGGCUGUCCAUGCUGCAACAUUUAUAUACUGCAUUCAACAAUUUGUCUAGGAAAUUAUGGUGGCGACUCUAUAUUUCAGCCUGUGUUAGUAGUAAAUGUAGCAUGUUGUGCACUAGGCAGAUGAAGACGUGAUAUUUUAAUUUAAAACAACACUCGAAGCACUGUAACUACCAUAGCUAUGUGUAGUGGUUAUGGUUCCAGGAGUGUCAUGGCACCCCCACAUGUAAGAGGUAAAACUGGUUUAGAAUAGUUUGACUUUUUACGUGGGUAGACUUUUUGGUAGAGAGCCAGAAGCUCCAUAGUAGAAGCUCAAAUUCCUGCUCUCUGUUGGAAGUAGUGGAGGCAGGGAGCGACAUCAAACAUCUGACAUCAAACGUUCUAAAACUAUUUGACUACUUACCAUGGGUUUGAUCACUGAGGUGUACUAGUGUGUUCCUUUAACAGAGUGUUCUGAAGAGUGUUUGGGUCUAUUGAGUAGCGGGUUCAGAAUUUUCCAAUUGAUUAAAUUGUUUCAAAUGUCAUCAGAAAUGUGUUUCCUUUCUUCUUUGUAUAUUCCAACAGGUUUUUUCUCUUCCAUAGUUAUCUACCACUGACAGUGUUGUGCAGAUACAUUAAGGUGUUUAUUCGCUUAAACUUGAAAUAUACAGAGUUGAAAUCCAAAUGGCAAAUUCUAGGCAAAUAUAGGUGAUCUGAAAUAAUUCUCCAAAUUGGCUGUAGUCACACGUGGCUAUUUUAGCCUAAAUUUAGUCAUUCGGAUUCCAUGGCUAGAUAUAUCAUAAGUCAGUUUCCUCUAUGCACCCCCUGAAGUAUAUAUAUAUAUUGGAGAUAUGCUGCUUGUGUAGUUGCGUGUGUGGAGGGAAUAAUGCUUGUAUGGUUGCAUGUGUGAGAGGGAGGUUGUUGUGCAGUUGUGUGUGACGGUGGGUCUGUUUGCUGUGUGGUUUAUGUUUGUGCAUGUAAAUACGGGCUGUAUGUAGAUAGGGAUUGUAGUGGGUAUUGUUGGGCAUAUGGACUGUAGGGUGUGUUUGGGGCAAUAGGGAUACUAGGGUGUAGAUGGAGGGGUAGGGGCAGUAGGAUGCAUUUGGGGCAUAUGGGCUAUACUCUGGGAAGAAAACUGUCUGUGGGGAAAUUGGUAUUGUAGUGCAUGUGUAUAAGGGCUGGAGUGUGCAGGGGUUUGGUUGGAGAUUGUGGAUGAUAGGGACUGUUGUGUGUGUGUGUGUGUAUUGAGGGGAAGACAGGAGCUGUAGUGUAGGGUAUAGUGUGCAAUAUGGAAAAACCAUGUGUGUGUGUCUACAAACCGAGGCGCUUAUAAUGAAAGAACGAAUAAAGUAAAAAAAUAACUUCCCUGUAAGAAGAAAAGUUCAGAUACUCCAAAGACUUCAUCUCUUCCAAACAGUUAUACAUGUAGAAGUAGGGGAAUAUUCUGCUAAAAAAAAGAAUGUGUUGAUAAAGUGCCAAAUAUAUGUAUGCCAAUUGACCACUCACAAUUUGUAGGUUGCAACAAUACCUUGUAUAAUUUUUUCCAUCCAAGGAUCCUCUUCUCCAAAUCACCAUUAACUCUCAGCAAUGAUGGGUGAUAAUUAGUGAUGUCCCGAACUGUUCGCCACAAACGGUUCGCUGCAGACUCAUCAUUGAGUAAACUUUAACCUUGUACCUCACAGUCAGCAGACACAUUCCAGCCAAUCAGCAGCAGACCCUCCCUCCCAGACCCUCCCACCUCCUGGACAGCUCACUAAGAAUGCAGCUUCACAAUGGAUGCUGUCCAGGAGGUGGGAGGGUCUGGGAGGGAGGGUCUGCUGCUGAUUGGCUGGAAUGUGUCUGCUGACUGUGAGGUACAGGGUCAAAGUUUACAUUGUCGGCGAACAGUUCGGGACAUCACUAGUGAUAAUCCAAUUUAAGUUAAAAACAGCAGGUGUAGUAAUACAAUUACCACUAGUCGUCCAAUGCUUUAACAGUGACAAUAUACAAAUGAAUACAAACUACAAAUAUAUUAAUUUGUAUAUUGCCAAUGGUGAAGGUAAGUCCCUGUUGAUGUCCCUAAACCGGACAAAACUGUCUACAGUGCAUUAGGUCCCCCACCCCACCGGCAGACGUCAGAUGGAGCCCGAGCCAGCACCGAGGGACCUGGACUCAGGUAAGUUACAUAAGGGUUUUUUAACCCCUUCAGCACUACGGGGGAGGAGGGAAAGGGUGCUUGACAUAUGGGGGCACUGUAUGGAGCUACAGUGCCAGGAAAACAACUUUGUUUUCCUUGCACUAUAGUUUCCCUUUAAAUGUGGGCUAGAAUUAUUAUUAUUGAAUUAAGCUCAAAUAAUUUAUUUUAGUCUUAUAAUUAAUAUACUACAUAAGUGUUGAUAUAUCUUUGGAGUUUCUCCUUAAAAAAAAACUAGGCACUACAUGUGAAAUGAGUGAUUACCAGGCAACUGUAAUUCCCUAUUUUAAAUGCAUCUCUAUGGGGAAUGUUCAGCGCCUCCAUGCAGAGCGUACUUGAGAUGUUACUAGCCAGCAAUAUAAACAAGACAGGUACGGGCUUGAGACACGAGAACCAUUACAUUAAGCUGUUGACUAUAGUGUCCCUUUAACGUUAAACAUUCAGCUACAGAUAGGCCCUCACUAGUGAUGUCCCGAACGGUUCGCCGCGAAAGGUUCGCCGCGGACUCAUCAUUGAGUAAACUUUGACCCUGUACCUCACAGUCAGCAGACACAUUCCAGCCAAUCAGCAGCAGACCCUCCCACCUCCUGGACAGCUCACUAAGAAUGCAGCUUCACAAUGAAUGUAAAAUGGAUGCUGUCCAGGAGGUGGAGGGUCUGGGAGGGAGGGUCUGCUGCUGAUUGGCUGGAAUGUGUCUGCUGACUGUGAGGUACAGGGUCAAAGUUUACUCAAUGAUGAGUCCGUGGCGAACCGUUCGCAAACCGUUCGGGACAUCACUAGCCCUCACCAUAAAGUUAUCACCUCAGCAUUCUUUUACUGGACACAUAUGACUUUCAAAAGUUGCAGGCUGGCACAUGUAAAGUGUCUUCUGGCGGUAUUAAGUAUGCAUAUGGUCAAGGGAAAAAUGUACUUAUUAAUCAUGGUGCAUGAGUUCCGUGCUGUGAUUAUAUCAUUAAUCUCUGAAAGCAUGAGCAUAUGGGUGCUAUAUGAUACUGGACAGCACUGUACACAUGCUUGGCAACCUCAUGUAGUUUCUAUAUAAGUAUCUGGCAAAAUAAAUAGCAGAAGUUGCAAGCCUGCAUGUCAUUAAAAGGUUAACCAAUUCCCUCCCAACAAUGUGUACACAUGUAUACUUGCAUUAAAGGGACACUCCGGGACCAAUACAACUUCAAAAGGACAGUAUAGUCACUAGAACAACUACAGAUCAAUGAUGAGAAAAGGCAGAGUUUACAUUGGUCCCUAGGGACACCUCCAGUGGCCAAUCCUCAGACAUACUCUGCAUGGAGACGCUGAACAUUCCACAUAGAGAUGUAUUGAUUCAGUGCAUCUCUAUGAGGAGAUGCUGAUUGGCCAGGCUUCCUUGAAGAUCUCAGCCAAUCCAAUGCUUUUCCUAUGGGAAAUUCUGAUGAUGUCUGCCAAGGAGACGGAUCGGGGGAGGGGCCAGCGCCGGCAGACCUGUUCGGUGCUGGGAUUAAGGUAAAUUUUCUUAACUAUUAAAUGGGACAAGUCACCUAUAUGGUAGUUUUAACACGAUAGGGUUAAUAAUGCAUGUUUGAGUUCCUGACCCUAUAGUGUUCCUUUAAUGCAUUUGGUUUUGACCUCAUUAAUAUACUGUAUUUUUGCAUGCUGAAUCUUUAUAGCUUUUGUAUAAAAAAAAAGGCCUAUAAGUCCCAUAAUCCUACCCCUCACUCCAGAAAAAGGUUUUCUUAUCCAGGGCUGCCACCUAGGGCACUGAUUAUAGGGGGGGCGCCGGCAGUAGCUUUACUACACUGCUCUUUUGGCUGCCCCUCUAUGUUGGAGUAAUUAUACAAAUCGUGCCGCCGGCCAUGUUACCGGGCGCUAGGGAGCACUUACAUAGCUGCUGACUAGCGCCCGGUAUAACACUGGUCCGGCAGCAUCCUGCUCAGCCAGGCCCCCCACUUCAGUGUCUCGCUCUUGACCUGUAUGUGGGGACAAGUGGGCAGGAGCAUAGCAGGGGCAAGGCUAACAUGGAGUGAAGGCAACCAGGCACAGUGAAGCUGCCAGGAACACACGAAAAGCAAAGUCAUACAUGCAAUAAAGGUAAGAGGCAUGAGUCAGUGUGUAUGUGUGUGUCUGCAUGGGUCAGUGUGUGCGCGCGUCAGUCUGCAUUCAUCAGUGUGUGUGUGUGUGCGUCAGUUUGCAUGGGUCAGUAUGUGUGCGUCAGUCUGCAUGGGUCAGUAUGUGUGCUUCAGUCCGCAUGGGUCAGUACAUGUGCUUCAGUCCGCAUGGGUCAGUAUGUGUGUGUGUGUGUGUGUCAGUCCGCAUGGGUCAGUGCUUGUGUCUGUGUCAGUCUGCUUGGGUCAGUGUAUGUCAGUCUGCAUGAGUGGGUGGAGCAAAUGGGGCAGCAAAUUUUUUUUUGCCUAAGGUGGCAAAUGCCCUUGCACCAGCCCUGUUCUUAUCAGAUGUAUGCACACAGCUCUGCCAAUGAUCUGAACAACAAAACAACCUGCAUUUGAAGGACACCCAGGCAAACAAAUAGUAAGGAUAUCUCUUCCUGUAUGUAGCUUAUCUGACUGUCUACACAGGAUGUGAUUUAAAAUUUGCUCACUAGGUGCUGUUGGGGCUGAGACUGCGUGCAUACAUGUAAAAAUACAUUCUCUCUGUCAUGACGGGGCAUAGCUACGGGUGCAGGCAACAACUAAUCAUCUGAUCAUGCACAAAUACAGCAUAUUAAUGGGGCCAACAUGUAUAAAAUGCAUUAAAAUUGUAUAGGUGCCCAAAGGGUCACUUUAACAUUUAUUUUGAAUUACAAAAAAUUGAAUAAAGUCCCACUUUAUUACCACUAGUUUUAGUGCUGUUUUUCACAAAAAAAUAAUCUCUAUCAGGGCCUCGUUGUUGCCUCUGCAUCUCUACAGUGGAGUUGUAAAUUGCCGUCUUCCUCCUUGUUCUCAUACUUGAUGCAUGUGAUCAAAACUCAAUCUUUUAUUACCUACUCUACAUAUAAAAUAAGCAAAAAUAGUCCUCCUAACUUCUCCAACCCCGACUUUCUGUGGCUGUCCAAUCACAGGCCUCCAAUGCAGCUCAAUGAGAAGUCUUUGCAAGGCAGGUGCUCCGAUCUAAACAAACCAGGAAGUAACAGGAUUGAAAGCCAGGAAAACAUAAAUAAGGUUAAUUUAUAAAUGUACCACCUGCUUUAGAAAUCUUCACUUUUGGGAAAAUGCAUAAAGAACACACUCUUCACACAUAAAGCACUUCAGUGUGACAAAGUGCUGCUGCUGUUUGGAGUGUUCCUUUAAAUGUACCUAUAUUUUCUGUAUAUUCUGUGAAUUGACACAUCAGGGUUUGAAUCACUAUACUCCAAAGUGAAGAAAAUUGUAAUCCAAAUGGCAAAAUGUAGGCUAAAUAAGCUGACCCGGAAACAUUCUCCAUUCACAGCUCGGCUAUUUUAGCUGGAAUUUUUCAUUUAGACUUCAGUUUGCUACAAUUCUGAGUUCCAUGAAUAAUCACUGACUAUGGCCUCAAUUUAAUUUUUCAUAUUUUUCAGAUUUUCAUAUUUUUGGAUAAACCUUUAAAAUGAUUUGAUAUCAUGGAAAAUACAAUUUCUUUUCAAUAUUUUGAUUUAUUUUAUUAAAUAUGAUAUAUGUUUUGAUAUUUUAAUAUGUUGAAAUAAUAGUUUAUAAUUUGUAUAUAAAAAUAUGAAGUCAUUUGGGAAGCUUAUUCAACAAAAUUAAAUUGAAGUCAAUAUUUAAAAAAUAUUUUUGGUCCUUUAAGCUCUGCAGAAGCCAGAUGGCAUUGAGGCUGCUGCAGAGGAGAGCUGGCACACAGAUAAGACCAUUGCAAAAUAGUUUGCCCCAUUACCAGGGAAUGGCUCCACGGUCCUCCAGACGGACUAUAGUGAUUAUGAUGCACGGAGUAAACCUUUAAAGGACCAGUCCACACACUUUAGACAUUAGCGCCAAAGUCUUCUCCCCUAUUGUAUUAUAGUCACCCAGCCAACUGUGCGUCUGCUGGUGCGUGGUCCUCUACAGACCCCAGGUCAGACCAGCGUCCUUCCUGACAAUAACCGCACAUGUGCAAGAGCAGACAAACGUGUACAUAGGGCACAGAUUCAAUAAGAAGCCCCUGAUUUGUUAUUUUCCUGCAGUCUCUUCUGGGAAAAAAAGGGGAAGGCUUGCAACGGCUGCAGACUUAAGAACUGCAGCCUUUGUUAGCUCUUUUUCGAUUUACCCCAGUGAUUACAUGCAUAAAUAAAUGCAGGCAUAUAUUAAUUGGGGGUAUAGCUACUAAACAGUGAUUUAUAAAUUAUUUUUAUAUUUUCGUGUGACGUAUUCCUUUAACUGCACUGCUUGGCUUUCAGUUUGUCACUACAAAUCCAAAAUGUAUUUUAGUCAUAAGACACAGUUAAACACAUUGUUAACCCUUAACCAGUUAUCCUUAGUGAUGCUAAAUUUGCCUGUACCAUGUGUGCCCUUCCAAUAAACACGUACACAGCAGAAAUGUUGAUAGUACCCUUACUUACAGCUGCAGAAUGUUAUCUUCUCGGCCCAUGAAGAUCAGUGCAGCUGCAUAUCUCCAAACAAAUACAAGGCUUGUUCUGGAUGAGAAACUGUUUAUUGAAUGGUUUUGUUUCUGGCACCAAACCAGUGUUGUCCAAUCUGGAAUCAGGAUAGCUUGUGGCAGUUACAUAAUACAAAUGACAUGUUUCAAGGCUCUGCUUGGCCAUCUUUCCAGAUUCACAAUUCCAAACUGUUUUUUCCUCAGUUCAUUUUCCUGUAAAAGACAUUUGAAAAUGUGUGUCUGUAGAACAUUAGGACAAAGAAAGACAAAUGAUAUUGAGUAAGGUGAUAUAGUUAACACACUUAACUUUAGUGUCAGGUCAUCUAAUUAAAACAUAUAUUAUGACUAUUUAAAGAAAUGUAGUUAAAGGAGCACUAUAGUGUUAGGAAUACAAACCUAGUCCCAAUGUCGAUUAGACCCUCCCAACUGCAAUAAAAAUAGUUUAAAGGCACACUAUAGGGUCAGGAACACAAACAUGUAUUCCUGGCCCUAUAGUGUUUAACCAACCAUUUAGGUGGCUUUCCCCACCUUAUCCCAAUAGAAAAGGUGAAAACUUGCCUUAUUUCUAGCGCCGUGCGGAUCUGCGGACUCUGCUUGCGCCCUCGAUCCGCCUCCUUGGUGACAUCAUCUGAAUUACCGAUUUUUAGCCAAUCCAAUGCUUUCCCAUAGGGAGAGCAUUGGAUUGGCUGAAAUCGGCGUGGAGGCGGAGCCAAACGCUGUUUUAGCUCAUCUGCACCUCCUCAUAGAGAUGCAUUGAAUCAGUGCAUCUCUAUAAGGAAAAUUCAGCGUCCCCAUGCAGAGCGCGGGGACACUGAAUGGCAGUGCAGCACUGAGCUAGGAAGCCCCUCCAGUGGCCUUCUAAGUAGUGGCCACUUGGAGGGGUCCCUAGGGUGCAAUGUAAACACUGCCUUUUCUCUGAAAAGGCAGUGUUUGCAUUAAAAUGCCUGCAGGCGAUGAUUUUACUCAAUAAAAUAUAACAAAGAAAAAAAACAACAAAUAUAAAAACAUAUACUUUUCAGUAAAACUGAAACAGCUUCCCACCGAACACCUCCCAAAUAGUGUUUUGUCUAAACAAGCCACAAAAUACAAUACAUGUGGGAUUCAGCUGGUAAACCUAAAAAACAAUAAAUAAAAAAAAACAUAGCAUAAUAUAGUUUUGGAAAUAUAAUAUUCCCUGCUAAAGGUUGCACUCACAAGAAUUAGAAGUAGUAUGCGCUCUAAUGGUGCCUUCCCCGUUCUCUUUGGGGUCUAGUAUCUCCCUCUUAUUAUCAGGUAUCACCCAGUAUUAGGAACCAUGUAGGACUCCGACAGGUAGAUAAGUUUGAAAAGAGGUUUUAUUGGUAGUAUAUAAAAAGCAAUAAAAAGGAAAUCUGGUCUAACGUGUUUCGUCCCACUUGUGGGACUUCCUCAGAGACCAAUAUUCUUUAAAACAGUUAUAACGAUAAUGCUCCCAAAAAAAGCAAUCUCAUUAAGCUGUAGUUGUUCUGGUGACUAUACAGUAGUGUCCCUUUAAGAAGAAAAAGAUUUUACUUACAUUUUUAUUUUUACUAGCGCUAAAACUCUUUCUGUGCUUCUGCUUGCUCUGUCUCUCAUGACAUCAUCCUGGAGGCAUCACUCUCUCUGUAAUGGUCCAAUCUAAUGUUCCUCAUAGAGUAGACAUUUAAUGAGUGCACUCAUUGGCUGAUGUGCUCAGUCAGACUGUGAAUGCCAUUCACAUAUAAAUAGCAUUCAUUUUGCCAAUGCAGAAAUGUAGCUCCUAUAAUAACAUAUUGAGAGAUGCACAGGCACCCAGGGGCCACCAGGUGUUGUCAGACCGCUCAAAAAUCCUUUGACAUGGCCUCUGGGGCAUACUGAUAUAGUGGUUAUGGUGCUUGGAUUGCCCUUUAAGUGAUGUUUUUGUGAAAGCACUGACUUGUUUGGAUUCUAUGGUGAGUAGCAUUUCAUGUAAUUAAAAUCAACCAGCUUGGUUCUUGGAGGCACGCUAAGAGUCAUUUGUACCUACAAUAUUAUCCCUUUGUUCUCUUGGAGUUAGACAAAGGCUUCAGUGCACACAAAUCUCUACUAGGGGACGAUCACCUGAAAAACUAUCAUCUUGUGACCUAGUAUAGAAGGUGAUAAAGAGCCAUUAACCCUCUACAUUCAUAUUAAGUCUGUGUUAAUUUGACAUCACUGUUUAAGCAUAUUUCAGCACAGCCAAAUCCUGUUUACCUGUACACAUAUUUUAAACUAGUAAAUUAAAUGUCAACAUAAGUGCAUCACAAACAAACAGGAAAGGCUUGCAAGGAGGGAUGCUUUCUUUUCUUUGAAAUGCAUUAUUAUCAUCUAAUGUAUUUUGAGGAUAUUGCUUCAAUAUCCCACCUGUUAAAAUAUUUUCUUCCUGGACAAUGCUAAUUAGUUUAGGAAUUAAGGUCGAACUACUGUAUUAUACUAAUCAUGACUUAUUAUUUAAACAAAAAACAGACAAACAAAAUCGCAUGAAUAGGCAUGUGAUCGACACAUUUAUGGCCAGUAAGAUGCUUGAUUAAUGUCUAAACUCACAUGCUUUGUGAAUGAGUAACAUUAUGGGGGGUUUUUAAGCGUAUUUACAUUUUUCCCAAAUGAAAGGAACACGCUAAAUUAAAAAAUAAAAUAAAUAUAUAUAUAUAUAUAUAUAUAAAUAUAUAUAUAUAUAUAUAUAUAUAUAUAUAUAUACACUGGACAAAAUUAUAAGUGCAACACGUUUGUUUUUGCCCCCAUUUUUCAUGAGAUGAACUCAAAGAUCUAAGACUUUUGUAUGUACACAAAAGGUCUAUUUCUCUCAAAUAUUGUUCAUAAAACUGUCUACAUCUGUGUUAGUGAGCACUUCUCCUUUGCCAAGAUAAUCCAUCCACCUCACAGGUGUGGCAUAUCAAGAUACUUAUUAGACAGCAUGAUUAUUGCACAAGUGUGCAUUAGGCUAUAGUGUGCAGCACUGCCAUUCAGUGUAUCCACCCUCUGCAUGGAGACAUUGAACUUUCCUUACAGAGAUGCAUUGAUUUACUGCAUCUCUAUGUGGAGAUGCUGAUUGGCCAGGACUGUGUUUAGCAUGUGCUGACUCUGCCCGUGAUCUGCCUCCUUGACAAGCUUAGCCAAUCCAAUGUUUUUCUAUUGGAAAGCAUUGUGAUUGACUCAGAACAUCACUUGUGAUGUCAGCCAAGCAGGCAGAUCAGGGGCAGAACCAGCAUUAGCAGUCUUGAAUAAAGUUAGGGGGAUAGGAGGGCGGGAGGGGCAGAAGGCUAGAUGGUGUUUUUAACACUAUAGGGUCAGGAAUACAUGUUUGUGUUCCUGACCCUAUAGUGUUCCUUUAAAGUCAGAUGCAUACAAUUACUAACUUCCUUUGUUAAAAAGCAUUUAAAAGUACCUGUAUUUAUGAGCCAAGACUGUCUCGCCUCAUCUGCCUUCUGUGAGAUAAUCUCUUUCCAGUCAAAUGCUUGUCAUAGAGAAGCCUUUUGGACAUACGGUGCAUGCACACAAAUUCUGCGAUCCGCUAAUCCAAUACACUAGGCCCUGGUAUUCAACGGGCAUACAUACCAAGCCCUUCCCACCCCCACGGCUGCCAUAAACUGUGGAUAGUUAUGUACACAAUGUGUACAUGUAUACAAGUAGCGUAAGUAGUAAAAAUUUAUGGAAGUUUAUAAAUAAAACGUUUUCAUCACGUACAGUACUGUAUAUAAUACUGUACACGAUGAUAAAGUUUAAUUAAUCAGUUUGGCACUAUAGAAAUGCGAUAGCUAGAGAGAAUUAAUCGUGUGCAGUGUGCAACCAUGGUUAGGGGAAACUGCGGUAAAACUGUUGAUACGGAGGUAUCACUGCAUGAGAGGCAUUGGCCAUGACAAGUGCCAGCGGAAAAUUCAAUUUUUUACAUUGUCAAAGAAAGGAGGCACUACAUUAUGAUGUAGUAGUUUUGGUACCUAGAGUGUCCCUUUACGUUUUUGCAUUCAUGGCAAAUCUCUGAAUGUGCAUCUACGGUAAUUAUUUUUAUCAAACAACUGAAUGGCAGUUUUGAAUCUAAUCUUAAUAUUAUCUCUGAAUUUAGCAUUGACUGUGCUAGCUGUCAUAAAGAUUACUUUGUCUCACUGUAUCCUUGUCUGUUCCUGCAGAAUACGAGCUAGAACAGCCCCCUUUACCACGAGGAGUUAGGCCUGAAACUAAGUCGAUCAUGUCUGUAAGUAAGCAUGUUUAUACAUACUCAGCAUGGCCUAUAUUAUUUUCAUCCUACGGUCACUGACGCACUGUAUCCCUUUUCGUGUAUUUGUAUAAAAGAUAGCAAAUUGUUGCUUCCGGAGAACUGUGACUCAUGAACAGAUGUAAAUGUGUGCUUUUAGGCUGAUGUUUUUCUGAAUGUAACCUGAGAAAUGUAGCAACACUGAAUAUAUAUAUAUUUUUUUAUAUGAUCAUGUGCUUAUUUUAUGUACUGUGGUGCUAUAGAUACUAUAGUUUGACUUAAAAAGACCUUGGGACCUUUAUCUUGUAAAAAGAUACAUCCAAUGUAAUGGAGUAAACUGGAGUGCAUAUUUUUCCUAGACUUUCCAGAACUAAAUGCUAAUGCUUAAGACAGUCGCUUAUGUAUAAAUAUAUAUUCGCCACUUAUCUUUGUAGUCCAGGGUUGAAUGGCUUGAUGUGGAUGGUCUCAGGUGAGCCUGGUGUUUGGCAGAAUUGCUUGAGAACAGUUAGAUAAAAAGCGGAGGGAUAGUGCCAAAGACUCUUUGUUCCAUAACUACUACAGUAAUCUGUAGUGGUUAUGGUAAGUCAUGUGUCCAUUUAAGAGUUUCUAAGCAAUAUGCUACUUUUAAAGGAGCCAUACAGGGAUAAUAACCAACGCUGUGUGAGAGCUCCAUUUCUCACUACAACAAGAGGAGAGCUUUCUGCUGAGGACCUAGCCUAUUUCAUCCUGUGAGCUAAACGCUUGUUAUGGCAGAACGUGAACCAACAUCUAACCUAUAUAUAUAUAAGUAUAGCAAAGGAGUGAGAUGGGCGUAAUGCAAAAAAAGCCAAAAUAAUAGCCAGAGUAAGGCGAGUUUUAGUACAGGAGAGGUACAUUUAAUCGAGCGUCAGAGCCACAUCAGAAAAUUACAGGGAGCAGGAUAAUCAAGGCAAGUCAGGUCAUAAUACCAGUUUACCGCUAUAAACCAGGAAUGUGCUUUUGGGUGCUACAGAGAUCACAAGAGGGCAUUGGCCACUCGUUUAAAAUUAGGCUUUUAUAGGAGUUAGGGACAUUAUCCUUUUUGCAUCAUUACCACACGACAAAAGCAGAUGUGAGCGUCGAUAAGGACAUAGUGACACAUACAGUGCAGUAUUUUUUCAACGCAUGGACACUGUGUCAUAAACUGGCACAAAGACGCAUCGUUCGUUAUCAGAAUUGACACUAGAGUGGUGGAUGCCAAAGUGAUUCGGAGGCUUGUGGAGAAGUCACGAGUGGGUAGGUACUGUGACUGCCCUAAACCACUGGGAUCAGUUCAGAAAUAGAGCUUCCAGCUCUCCAAUAGCUGUAGUGGAGGCGCCUGGCACCAGGUAAGAAGUUAAACCAUUCUACAACAGUUUAACCUCUCAACAAAGGAGGAGGGUGCGAGGACAGGUGUCAGUUGGUUCCCCGAAUCACCCAUCAGAGAAGGAUACUCCUUAUAGCUAAAAUGAAGCAGGUUCCCUUGGAUGUGUAGGACUUUACUUCCUCUGCAGAUUGUGGAAACAACACUCUAGAACACCCACCAUGUAUGGAUUAGUGGUGUGACAAGCUGUAAACAGAUCCCACUGCGUUGUCUGAAAACUGCACCUCAGUGGUAAUUUUUUUUAUAUUGCCUGUUACCCAAAACUGUUUCUAACAGCUCUGUUUAAAAUUCCCUUUUGUUUAGGUCCUACAGACCUAUUGACUGUAUAUGUUGUUUUUUUGUGUCAAUAUGCAGAUUGAAGACAAUGAAUAUUUAAAUAAAGAAUUUGAUAAAUGUACAAAUGAUUCUGCACAACACCCUGACUUAAAGACAUGUAAGUAUAAUACGAUUCACUUGUAAGAAAAAAAUAUAUACUUGUAUCUUUAUGUUGUACUAGUUUGAACGAUAGAACUGGAUAUGUUUGAGCUUUUAAAUGCCGAUGUGUUAUUACAUAUAUAUAUUUAUCCUAUUUAUAGCUAAACCCCCCCUCUUAUAAUAUUGUAAAGCGCUACGGAAUCUGUUGGCACUAUUUAAAAGGCAAUAAUAAUAAUAAUAAUAAUAUAUAUAUAUAUAUGAUUGUUUUUCUAUUUGUUUUAAUUAAAAAAAAAAGUGUCAGUGUGUUUCCUCUAUUAAAGCGGCUAUGUCAUUAUCUGAAGUCUUGUCAUAAUUUGCAAAGACCCCAGAUGGUGACUGCUCAGUUAGCAGUGCUGUGGCUGUGGAAUACAAAGGAAGGUGAGUUACACUUUCAGCCACCUCCAUCUUCUUCAGCUGCCAGGAGCCGAUGUCAGUGUUGUACUCUCACACAUGCAGGAAAACACAACACGGAGGUCUAUUGAGGAUCUUCCGACAUCGUGGGAUACUCCAUACACGGAGUCUUUUUCCCCUCAGCCGUCACAAGUGUACCUACUUUAUCUUGGUAUACCUUUUGACUGGGUUGGAAUUUCAAUAAAAAUCAAAGCAGUCAAUGUGAGUAUUUGAUAAAGAUUUUAUUUGUUUUUACUUUUUUCCCCAAGAAAUAGAUCCACUAUACAUUAUAAAAUGCCGUUGAUCGCUGCAUAUUAUGACCACAUUACAUUAUUUGUUAUUUUGUUUUCAUACCUGGUUUUGCGUGAUUCCCAUCAGUCCUGAGUUCCGCAAGACUGUCCUGAUUUGUGUUCUUGUCACAGUGUCUUUGAGUUGUUGUCCUAUCUGGGGACAGCAGGGAAUUGUUUCCAGCAUAUUUAGUCUGGAGUGGGGCUGGCUUGUGCUCACCUUUUUUUCUUGGGCCAUCCUGCCUCUUUCGGUGUCUCCAUUGGCACAAGCUGCAUCACUGGUAACACCAUAUAAACCUCCUCCCCUCCCCAUCCUGACUUCAUGUGUAUCUGGUCAAACAACUUAAAAAUAACAAACAAUGUUAUCAGAGUAAGAGAUAAUAACAGUCCAAGUACUAUAACCACAACAGACUUAGGUGAGUUGGAAGAAUUAGAACAUAUCAGCUUUUUUUUUUUCUUUUUACACAUUCGGAUUUAACCAUGUCAAUGUUCAGAACUCUAGGCAGGGUCACCAGUCUGAAAUAAUUUUGUGUGUCAGGACAAAUAGGUUGGGCUACCACUUUAUUCCUUUGGGCAAGUAGAUUUUUUUUUAAAUCUUCACACUGCUGUAUCGCUUACAAACACGAUUUGGAAAGUCUGCUGCAAUUAGUAUCACACUAGUAAAAAAAAUUAGAAUCUCAAAAUGUCUAACCAAAGACAUGACACAUUGUGAUAUUUGUGUGUGUUCAAGAGGCCACACAUUAUUGAUAUCUGUAUCUCACAUGAUUUAGGUUCUCCAAGAAAAUUUUUGGAACAUUACAUAUUUCCAGUUUUACUGCCGGGACUGGCAGAAAUGCUACAUGAAGCAAAAAAAGAAAAAUGUUUUCAAGUAAGUAGUUAUUUCUAUAUAUAUAUUCUACAUUUAUAUUUUGAUAUUUUUGCAAACAAACAAUGUGAGUCUUUCAUUAUAAGAUGUGAUCCAGAUGCUACAGCAAGUGACAGGGCUGAGCAAUCUGUAGCAUCCCUCUGAAAGUGGUGUAGUAUUCUGUUGCACUGUUAUAUUUAUUUAUUUUAAAUGUCUUCAUCAGUAGUGUGAUUUCUUUACUCUUGUGUGGAUAGAUGGCCAUAUUUCCAUUUAUGAUCCUAGCUGAAUAAUUCUGUAUAACGUGUUGUCGUUAGAAUAGAAAAUCUCUCCAUGCACAGCAUUGCAGUAUUUACUAAAGUGAGAAUUGUCGGGAAUUUAAAGUAAAUUUUAAAUUUAAAGGAACAGUACACGGUCAGGAACAAAAACAUGUAUUCCUGACCCUUUUGCGUUUAAAACACCAUCUAGCCCCCCUGGCCUGUCUUGCCCCCCUAAAUAUACACACAUUGUGCAACACUGCCCCAGGAGGCACCUCUAGUAGCCAUCGAGGAGUGGCCAGUGGAGUUACCACUAGGUUGUAAUGUAAACACUGCAUUUUCUCAGAAAAGACAAUGUUUACCGCAAAAAGCCUGAAGGGUAUGAUUAUAGUCACCAGAACAUACAAUAAGCUGUCCUGGUGACUAAAGUGUCCCUUUCAGACUAAUAUACUCAACUUCAAAAAAAUUCUCUGCCAUUUAGGAGUUUUCACUUUGUUUAUACAGCCCUACUCACACCUCCCUGCUGUGACUUACACAAUCUUUUUAAACACUUCUUGUAAAGAGAGAUCUAAUGUUUAAACGUCCUUUAUUAUAUGGUCUGUCUGAUUUAGAGUGUAUUAUCUUAUGCUCUGUUAAUAGCCUGCAGGAACUUCCUGUGAUUCAGGUUCAAUCAGCAAAGCUGGUGAUAAAAACUUCUAAAGUAUUUUAACAUCUGAUUCAAAAUGAAACAUUUUUUUUUCAUGAAGACUCUGUGAGUCACAGCCAGGGGAGGUGUGACUAGGGCAGCAUAAACAGAAACAAAAAAGACCACAGAUGGUGACAUCGCCGCUUACAGUGCAGUGCCCCGGGGGUCCAGAGUAAGCUUUCCCUAGUGGCCAUUGGCAUCUUCACCUGGUGGAACCUCUUCAGAUCUGCCAGGAACAGGGACGCUUCAGAUAUAUGCAUGCACCCCAAGCUGACAAGGCUACUUGGCCCCUUGCAACCUGACAAUUGAAGCAUAUAGUCCCACUACUAUCCUGCAAUUAUACCUCUCAGUGUUGGGAUAUAUGAAAUUGGUUCUUGGUGCUAUAUAGCUGCUAAUAAAUAUAACACGAAUAUAUCUUAGAAUAUUGGAAUUCUACAGUAAUUGUAUCAGUAGUAUUCAUUUUUAAUGCACUUGCUUAAAUUUUAUAGCCAUAGAUCUGAUUUUAACCAAUCCAAUAUGAACAAUUCCUUUAACAGUAGAUGGCAGUCAUAAGAAGGAAUUUACUUUUGCGUUCAAAUAAAAAAAAAAUCUGUAUGAGAUAGCUCUUCAAACACAAUAAAUAUCUGUUCAGUCACUCGGAAUGAAUACAAGCAGUCACGAUCACAGACAGGUCUAAAAUAAUAACAAAACAUGCAGCCCUUAUUAUACCAUGAAGGAUGGCAUUUAUGUUAAGAAGCGUUUCUCACAUUCUGUCUGCACAGACUGAAUAUAAAUGUAAGCGAAGAAAGAAUGAAAGACGAAGCAGCCCUUAUGACCAUCUUAUUUAGCCAAAGGGAGAGAAGCAUCUAAUCAAGAAAACAGCAGAUGCCAAGGCAGACGUUUCACUGCUGCGCACCAAAACAAUGGCUGUCAGAUGCACAAUAGUCUGAUACACAGCGGAUCUUUUCAAAUAACGUGUUACGAAAUGUCUUUACAAAAAUGGUCGCAGUAUCUCAAUGAAGGAAAACAAGGAGCUCUUUUACACAAUAGGUGUACGGUUUAUGAAUACCAACUUCAGCUGUUCUAAAGAUUGCCACGUAGUGGUUAUGAAGCAAAAGGGCUAUGGGCUCAGUCCCUUUGGAAUAUUUUCAAGAAAACUCGGGGUAUUUCCUCAUAUCCAAAGGUUUCCAUGUCUGCAUUGCAUAUUUACUAUCCCUUUGAACGGUGCAAAACUGACACAGGUUUCCUGUGAGCCUGUGCGUAUUUUGGCACUGAAAGAGUUAGUGGCCAUUCAGCAGAGCCAAAUCCUGCUUACCCCUGCAAAUAUUUUGGACAGAUAUACAGCAAAGUGAAAUGUCCUUUUAUUACUUCUAAAGCAGAGAGGGGGGAUUUGGUGCCAGGACAUCCUAAUGUUUUUGUGCACUCCUGAGCACAGUUUCAUCAAAACUGGAGCACUGUGCUCAUAAGCUACUUGUACCAUCCAUCACAAUAAGCUGUAGUUGUUAUGGUGCUUAAUAUGUCCCUUUAACUAUUAAUAUAUCAAUAUAAGCUAUCAUUUAUGUGGUCCAUCUCUUUACUAGCAGAAUUAGCAAAGUACCAUCUUCAAACUGUAUUCAGCAUUCCAAGUCCAUGACUUCAAGGAAUACUGUGACUUGUUGCAUGCAAUCUGCAUGGCAGUCUGCCAUCUUAGUUGUGAAGGCAACUAGACAGAGGUAUUUCAGACAGCAGUUGACCUGUAUAUAUGGAAUCCUUUCAGCUUCAAGGAUUAGCAACUUAAAGCAUGUGUCCCUAGCUUCUACACAGUAAACACAGGCUUACUCUCUCUUUUCUUUCCUCGUUGCUUGCUUAAACCAGAGAUCUUUAGCAGUUUCAGAAUUUUACCUGUGGUCAUUAAAUGAUCAGCCGUGGUCAAUCUAACUAGUACCAAAUACCUAUACAAUUAUAUUUUUACAAAGAGAGAAAGAAAGGGAACGAGGGAGAGAGAAAAUAAACAAAUAAGACAAAAAUAACAUUGCAUCCCAUAAAUGAAUUUACAUUUUUAAUUUGUAACUAGAAACAGACACUUUUAUUAUGCUUUGUGAUUCAUUUUUGUUAUCGUGUUUUUUAUUUUAUCUUAGUUCAGAAAAUAUAUUUGGGAAUAAGAAGCAUUUAGCAUUAUUUUCCAAAAAUUAGGACCCUUCUUGUCUCAGUUUAGUAUUUUGUCUUGAUAAGUAAAUAAAUAAUACACCCCCAAAAGGGGUCACACAGAAAUACCUAAAACGGUAUGAUGAAUUCAGGUCAGACAGAACGAUCUAAAAAACAUAAACAGGAAAACACAUAGUGCUCACUGAAUACAUAAGAACAUGCAUAUAAGUUAUAAUUUAUUUAUUUAUCUUGACAAACUUCUAUAGGUGAUUAAGAGGAUACACCUGAUAUACACCCCUUCAUUUAUACUUGUAGCGCCUACACACUUUGCUUAAUUAUUUCUUUUAGUAUUUUGUCUUACUGGUUAGGAAUAAGGAUAAUAGUAAACGUCUAAGUGCCUAAUACUCGAGCAUUAUUAAGAAUAGUCAUUUGAUUUCCUUAAAUGGUACGAUUCACAUUAUUUGGUACUCCCGGGUUCCUGCCUUAUACCGUCACAUGUCAUGAUAAAAGGCAAGUCCAUCUCCAAAUGUGAGUGUUCACUGGUUUUAUUAUUUAGUAGCAAACCAGACUUAUGAGUUUCACGUUCAAACACAUUUGGAGACUGUCCAGAUCUCUGCUCCCUUGCAUGACUGGUGCAGCUGUGCCAUUCUUCCCCCAACAUCCUAUUACAGUGCAGAUAAUUGGAAUCCUGAUAGACCUAAUGGUUGGUAUUAUGAAAACCAUCACGCCUUCAUGCAUUUUUCUUCGCUGGGUGAUGCUUCCUAUUUUGCAGCAGCUUGAAUUCUUGUUUAGUGUUAUCCUAUAUGCAGGGUGUUAAUUACCUACAAAACCACCCAAAUUGUAGGCAGACAUAGCUAUAAUGAUUUCCUUAUUACUCCUUUAUUGGCAUAAGUCAUUUGUGAAAAGCGGGACAGAUGGAAACAUCAGGAUGACACCCUAUAACUAGAGCUGGCAAAAUAUACACAUUUUGAUUUUGAACUACAUUUCCCAUCAUGCUCAGCCUUCUGAGAAAUGAUAUCUGUGCUCAUCCUCAUCAGAAGUGCUCAGGUUAACCAUAGUGCAUUGGCAGGAUAUUGGCAGAUGAUUUGGUACAUUGGCUGACGAGGUGCAUUAAUUAUCCUUUAUUAAAAGUAAAAAGUUUUUAAUGGUGUAAGAAACCUUGCUAAUCUUUAGUGAUAGUGGUGUUGCCCAGUGUUCCUAAAAAUGCUCCCAAGCCAUGAAUUUGUUUUUGUGCUAUAAAACAUCUCUAUGACUGUUCAACCAGAUAUUAAAGGGUCAGUCUUAGCACCAAAAGCACUUUAGCAUAAUGAAGCAGUUUUGGUAUGUCGAUAUGUUCCUGCAGUCUCACUGCUCAGUUCUAUUAAUGGAGUGUUCUUUUAAUGGACCCCUUGCAGUCUUUUAAAAAGAAAGGUUUAACUUACCUCUAGUCCGAGGGCGAGACUGUGUCUUACUGCACUUUACUCCACCUUCUGGACAAUAUAAUUCUUCUCAAAGAGAAGCAUUGGGAUGCAAGGUCACUGUGGGUUACGGUAAGAGAGCCAGGAAAUAAUAGUUCUGGCUCUCAUCACCAGAGGGCUUGGAGGCAUCGCUUGAAGCCGUGCUUCCAAGCCUUCUAAUUAUUAAAAUAUAGUGUUUUGGGGGUAUGACUGAAGGCACUAUAACAACUUCAAUAAGAUCAUGAUGUUAUUGUGCCUACAGUGUUCCUUUAAGUAUCAUUGUGGGUGAGUCCACCAUAUAUUAUAUAAAAUGUGCUCAAGGGAGCUAUCUGGUUACCAAUACAACUUUAAUGCAUUUGAUUAAAGGAUUUGACUGAAUUAAUCUAAAGUAUUUUUGUAUGUUCAAACUUUUACAGGGAUAAUCACUGCAGUGAGAAUUCAAAUGAUUUUCACAUUUAAGGCCAAAUUAACUAGACUGGAAGCAUAGCUGCCUUAGAGAAUGCUUCCAGUUCAGCUAAUUUUAUCUCGAAUUUUAAAUUCACUUUACAUUUUCACUUUAGUGUAUAUCACUCUUAUAGUUAUAGGAAACUGCUCCAUAAGCCUUUCUCCUUAGAAAUAGAAUAUUUUAGCACCGGUGAAAUAAUUUAGAAGUUUUUUCUAAAAAGAGCUGAAUGAAGGUUGGAUUCAGACACAGAUAGACAGCCGUGGAUUAAGAUGAAGAUGGUUCAAUAUACAUAGCUGGAUCUCUAAAUGCAGGGGAACAAAAUGGAAGAGCAGAAGAUCAAAACAUACAAAAUAUGGUGUAUAGCAUGUUAAGAUGAAAUCAUUGGUUCUUGGAAAUUAAACCUUAAGAACAGAUUUGAAAUAUACAAGUAAUAUUCAUUUAGGAGUAUACAAGUAUCAUUCUUAAAACAUAUGUAGAAUAUUGAAUAUUCUAUAUGUUCCUAUUCAAAUACAUAUUAAGAUGUGGAUGUCUAAUGGGUUAAACAGAACAGUUGGCAUUUGCUAUUCUGUACCAUGAGGUCUCUGGAAUUUGCUGUGUAAGAGAUUUGGGGUGGUCUUUAUAUGGGGAAUUUCCUUAUAUGGCCAGAUUCUAAACUAAACGUUAUGACGUAAUUUGGGCUAUAAAGGGCAGAGGACAAAGGACCAUGUUUUUUCCUUCUACAAUACGUUUUGCUGUCCUCUCUGAUGUCAAAGACAAUACAAAGACGACUCUCUGUAACGUUGUUAAGAAAUACCAUCUGUUAAGUAUAUUAUUGUUUGCUGUUGGAAGUAGAAUAAAUGCAUAUUUUCUAUAAAGAACGUCAGAUUGCGUAUUAGUACUUUUCAUUAAAGGACCACUAUAGGCACCCAGACCACUUCAGCUUAAUGAAGUGGUCUGGGUGCCAGGUCCCUCUAGGAUAAACCCUUUCUUCUGUAAACAUAGCAGUUUCAGAGAAACUGCUAUGUUUACCUAUGGUUUAAUCCAGCCUCUAGUGUCUGUCUUAUUGACAGCCGCUAGAGGUGCUUCCGCGUUUCUCACUGUGAUUUUCACAGCGUCCAUAGGAAAGCAAUGCUUUCCUAUGGACUGCCUGAAUGCGCGCGCGGCUCGUGCCACACAUGUGCAUUCAGCCGAUGACGCGAGAAUGGAGGAGGAGAGUCCCCCGCCCGGCGCUUGAAAAACAGGUAAAUUUAACCCCUUCCAUCCCCUAGAGCCCGGCGGGAGGGGGAUGGAAUAAGACUUAUUCAACUAAAUAAACACACAGCCAGUUAUUAGAACAUACAUAUGAAAUCGAAAAACAGCAAGAUUAGCUGUAUGUAAGUGUUGAUGUAAUUUCUCUAUCCAUAGGAAAAAAAGCUGCUCCAGAGCCCUAAAGCACUUUAUGCGUGAUGAGUGUAUCCUCUUUUUUAAUUUUACAAAAACUCCAGGUUUCAUAAAAAAAUUGGUACUUUUAUAAAUUAACCUUGUAAUCCCUCCCCCCACAUCUGUCAAUCAGACAGUCUGUCCUUUUACUUCCUGGUUUGUUUGUUUGGUUCGCUCAGUAGAACUAAACUUAAGAGGCAACAAUUUCUCAAAGCAGGUGCCUUGCAAAGACUUCUCAUUGAGCUCCAUUGGGAAGUCUGUGAUUGGACAGCCACAGAAAGUCUGGGCGGGGUUGAAAUAGGCGGGUUUGGAAAGACUGCAGACAAGAGAUUUUGUAAUCUGUUUUUAGAUAUAACUCCAAUGAACAAAAUGCAUAAUUAAAUAAAUGCAUUUUUUCAUAGAGGGUAUAUCUACCAAACAAUUAUUUUGUUUUACUUGGUCGGUGGAGAGUCGUUAAGAGAUUGUAACAACAUACAACAAAAUAAACUGGAAUUUAUAAUAUGAUAAAUAAUAACAUAAAUGAUAUUGUAGCGGAGUAGAGGUAUAACCCACGAUAUCUCCACUGGUAGACGUAGUCAGCAUGCAAAAUCAAAGUAGCGUAGUAGUUCCAAUCCAAUCUUUUUCCCAACAACUGGACGACACACAGUUUGGGAGUCAACUGAACUUUUAUUGCACCACAUCCCCAUGCAAGGGGUUUCUUUAAUGACAUUCCAGGGGUUUUCACCUGGUGGACUGUGUGGAAAACUUAGUGUACAAUUACAUUUCCCAUCAUCCCUUUCUGUACUGGAGAGAUAAUUGCGUCAGAGUAUGCCUUUAAUUACAUUAUCUCUCCGUACAGAAAAUUACACAAUAUUGUUUAAAAUACAUAAUUCGUAAAAUAUGUGUCUGAAUUCCACGAAAGAAUUCCACAAUCUGUCGAAUUACCGCUCAGAUCCGUUCGUUAGAAAAGAAAAGACAUUCAAAUUAAGUUAUGGACCGGUCAGCCACGAGUCGAGAGCUCCAAAACAGUUCUAGGCAAUUGUAGGCUUUGACCGGUCUUCUUUCGUGAGUUCCUACAAAUUAGCAAACGAACAUACACAUGAAUAUUCUGCAUAGUUGUGUGUAGGAAGGUCGUUAGUUUCAUUUAGCCGAACGCCGCUCCAUUUGGACGAACGGGUCUAUUUUUACGAACGGGUCUAUUUUUACAAACGGCAUGGAAGUCCAGCGGUGUUCGCGAGGUUGAGUAGCCGAUUUUAGUUCCAUGCAUUUGACGACCAAACACCGCUGGGCGUUCGUGCGCAAAGAUGGCCACCACCACGUGUUCGUUCAUACGAACAGCAACCACCCAUUAAACCAUUAGGGUUCUGCGGUUUUCAUUACGUUGCCAGUUGUUAAUUGGAGACACACGACUCCCUUGUGUGGCCCUCCAUUCGACAGUUUAUUCGUUUUCACGAACAGUACAUCCCUAUUCUGUUCGUGAAGUUAACAUACAAAUGCACAUAGUUUUUACACGGAAAAAUAAAUGAAUGGACCCAGUCCUUGUACAAUGAAGUGGCUAGGUUUGCCACAGAUAUCAUACUGAAUCUUUAUCUUUUCAAUAAAAAAUAGUUUAAAGCCAUGACAGGUUCACGUUAAUUCAAAUCAUCCACAUAUGCAUUGAACUCAUACUUUAUCAUAGAAAUACAUUAUACAACUAACAUAAUUUUUUUUUUCUUGGUCGCAGAUAAGUGGGUGUUACAUUACUGGAGCACCCACAUCUGAUACCUCUGACCUGUCCAUCCUGUGCUUUGAUUGCUCUGGUUGUGACCCUUCCCCAGGCAGCACAAACUUCUUCCAUGAUACUGACACUCUCAUUGCAUUGCCUGCACAGCAGUGUCUGAAAUCAUUUACUCUGUUCAUAUACUCCCUAGCCAUACUAUCCUGUGGUUGCUAUGUUGAAGAGCAGUCCUCCUGUUCUCCCUGUCAGUCAGUGCUAAAUAAUUGAUUGACAGGUGGGGAGGGACCUAUUUUGUUUGUAGAUAUUUCUCCCAAUCUAUACAUUUGCUAGCACAAUGUAUAUCUCUAAUUACAGUUACCAUUAAAUUAAACAAGCAUGCUCUACUUUCAGUGAGAUGUUCCCUAUUUUAGGGUUAAUCACACUUUUAGCCCUAGUGUCCUGCAUCUGCGGACACAAGACAACAAGUUCCAGGGAGCACAUCAUGGGCACUAAGACCAUGCAGUGAGUACUUCAGCAAUGCUUUCUGCAUGGUCCGUUUUGUUGAGGGUCGCCCAGGAGCCUGGCAUUGAAUACACCGUUUCACUUUCUAGGUUGUCCACCCAUACCAAUUCCUCCCGAAUGUCGGGGGUCAUGGCAUACAGUGAUGUGUGAGAACACUGACAGGCAUACAGUAAGUCUUGUUCUUUUCUGCUGAGUAGUAGUUUUUCAGUGCAUAGAUUUUUUUAAAUUAGUUUUACAUAAUAAUAUAACGGCGUUAACAUUAAAAGCUUGCAGGGACAGUAUAUACACAACCGAACCACUAUAUCAAGCUGUAGUUGUUCUGGUGACUAUAGUGUCCCUUUAAGCAUUGUGGGUUAGCCCUAGCCAGAUAUGUUCCACUAACUUGAACUUGGAUGACAAGACUACAGAUUACCAAAUAUCCAAUGUAAUUUAAAAUUUAAUUUCAAACUUAAAGGGACACUUUAGGCACUCAGACCACUUCAGCUCAUUGAAGUGGUCUGGGUGCAGUGUUCCUGCAGUGUUCAAUCAGACAGCCACUAGAGGUACUUCCUGCUUGCUAGGCGGUUUUUGGUCUCUCAACCGACGCUGGACAUCCUCACAUCUGCAUGAGGACAUCCAUCAGUAAAAUCCUUGCAUGCGCAUUAACCCCCAUCUGAUGACGUCGGAGGAGGCGGAGCGGCAACCCAACGCCGGGGAAGAUCGACACUGGAAUCGGGUGAGUGUAUAAAGGUUUUUUUUAACCCUUUCCAUGCUGAUGGGUUGUCUGCGAGGGAGGGCACGAAAGUCUAAGGCAGGGGUCCUCAAACUCCGGCCCACCAGAUGUUGCUGAAUUACAACUCCCAUGAUUCUUUGAAUUACAUAGAUAGCCAGAGAAUCAUGGGAGUUGUAGUUCAGCAACAUCUGGGGGCCGGAGUUUGAGGACCCCUGGUGUAAGGAGUACAGAUUUGUACCUUACACUAUAGAAUGCCUUUAAAUAAAAAAUAGCAGAUCUAGAAGCAUAGCUGACUUUGAAAAUGUUCCCAGUCCAUUAUUUCGGCCUUGAAUUUUAAAUUCACUUUGAAUUCACUUUUCUUUUACCCUGUGUGGUUUGAAUGCACCAUGUAUUCAUUUUCUCCUCCACCUUAUUGUAAUCUAGGUAUCUAAAUAAUAAUUUAAAGCUGUCUCCAAUAAUUGCCAUACAGGAGCAUCAAAAGACAGAUCUGUGGCUAAAGGUUCUUUGCCGGCAGUCUUUACAUUUGAUAGCAGGUAGAAUUAAAUACCGCUUGUAAACGUGCAUACCGUCAUCCUGAAUGGCGGGUUUACUUUAACUAUAAGACAUGAAUGCAAAGUUGUCAUCUGGAAAUGCAUUUUUUUUUUCUCAGAACAUAAUUGGCUUAUUAAUAUAGUCCAGGAAUGAGACAUUGGAAUAAAGUCCUUUGAAACCUGAUUCACUCACACAUGCCUGACCUAGACCAAAUUAAUUUCACUGAUAGCUCCACAGGGAUUUUUUUUUUCUUCUGGGAUGCGUAUAGGGAAUAAAUAGGCAUUUCAUUUCACCAGUGCCAGAGAUAACUGAUUCACAUAAAUAUCUCAGUUCUUUUUCUCAUUAAACAAAAAAAAAUCUUGUCUAUUCACUUCUCUCUGUCUUUCAAAUAUAUGAUGACAGAAUUUCAGAAUAUAGUUGUCAUUAAUCACAAAUAUACAUUGUUCAGUGUUAUAGAUUUUGCAAGCUCAAGCUGUAAUGAAUUUAUUGGGUGACUUAAUGGUUGCAGUGCCGUUAAAGGCACGUUGGAUUAAUGCAGAUCUGCUUGUAAAUUGCACAAUAAAUUAGUCUUGACAAAAAAUGUCGAGAUACAUUAUUUAGUAAUGAUAAAAUGUUUACAGUACUUUAAUGAAUAGAAAAUAAAAUAAUUGUGUGUUGCAACAUUUAAAACUUGUGGUGGAUGUGGCAUUCUAGAGAUUAAUAGUGUUUCUCAUUAAGUCCUAUUAUCAGGACCUCUCUUUGGGAGGGGACAGUGGGGGUGCCAGCCUAGGUCCCAUACUCUGGGGACCUCGUGGAUAUAAGAACUGUGACAGAGUGGCUCUCAUGGAUUACAUCUCUGGGUAGUGGGCUAAACGUUAAAUGCUGGCCUAAAAACACAGAAAUUAGCACUGUGCUCAAACUCCCACUGUUCAAGGGCAGCAGCAAUGUCUAUUCAACAGCAGCCCAAAUGCACUGACAAUACAAAACAAAAACACUGACGUUUUCGGUAUCAUUGCAGUAUCCAUUGGGUAUGCUCACUUACCAAUAUUAAGGCAAACCUCUUCUGAGUCUCACGUUAAGAAUUCACCCUGCUGCUUUCAGCUAAAAGGGAAAAUCUCUAAUAUGAGAGAGGGAUUGGCAAUGUAGAUCUUGAUUUAUUGAUAUUGUGUGGAUGUCAAGAUGUAGGCUUGUACAUUAUGCCCCCAGCUGGGCCAACGGUUUUAGAGUUUGAAAUAUGUUUCAGACUUUGAAGAUAAUUCACCAUGAUAUUCAUUAACCAAUUACUGUUUAGAAACCUAACCUUAUUACAACACUUUCAUUGUGAAUCCAUGUACAAACCUGACAUGCAUGUUUUUUUAUCCUGGAGAAGUAAUUUUCCAUUUAAUAUAUUCUCAAAUGUGUGUCUAAGCUGUUUGUGCUCUUGUGUCUUCCUUCAUUUUGAAUCUUCACCCAUUUGACAAUGGGUCAACAUGCUUCUAAUGUUAGUUUGGCCGACUGAAUUAAGUUUCAAGACUUAAUAUUUAGUCUGGAACUAGCCACCUAUUAAAGUUACUGACCUCUCUACUAGAGACAUAGCUGCUUCCUUGAGUCAUUCAUCAUGAGACAUUUAUUGAACCAAUCUAACGAUGCAUCCACUUGGUUCUCCUUAUAGAUGAUUUCCUUGGUUUGCCAUUUAGAUAUAUUUGCUCCCCCUGGUCCCACUAUUCCUGUUUCUUUUUCCUCAAGCAGGACACUCAAUAAAAGCUCCAACCAUUAAAUGGGUGUCCUUGAAUUCUUGCAAGUGUGCCUUGCCAAAGCAGGGUGUUUCUGUCCGUGUAACAGCACUUCCACUGCUCCUUGUGUCAUCUGCAGUAGGCACAAAUUCCAUCCCAAAUGAUGCAACCUUUGUUGCUGGUAUUACCCCUCAUUCCCAUUAAGCUGGAACUUUAGUUUUUAAUUUAGAGAAUUUUCUGUGUAAGACCAAUAAAUUAGCCACCAUGUUAACAGUACAUACUUUAGAUGCAUUAGAAGUUUGUUUUAUCUUUUUGAAUCCGGCUGGCUUUAUCUGGGAUUAGAACUUGUUUUGUCUCACCCAUCGCCAUUUGCUUUUAUUUUCUGAUAUAUUAACUCUUACAGAUAGGUUUAUUUGCAAAAUAAGUUUGGCAAGCCAGAUUACACCAUGAAAGGCUUCUUGUGGCUGUUGAGUGAUAACCACUAGAGAUAACCAUUAGAGAUGUAAACAUUGCCUUUUCUCAGAGAAGGCAGUGUUCACAUUACUGAGGCGGCAGGGAUAGUCUCUUCUGCACCACUACAUUAAGUUGUAGUAGGCCUGGUGCUUAAAGCAUCCCUUUAAUGGGACACUUCACUGCCAAUAUAUAAAAUUGCAGUUUAUUAUUGCAGGGUUAAGCAGGCAAGGUUACUGCACCCAGACCACUUAAAUGAGAUGAAGUGUUCUGGGUGCCUAUAGAAGCGCUUUAAAUUCACUUUGAAUUCUACCUUCAGUGAAUAACUCUAAAUUAAUUUUCUCGUCCCUUUAAAUCCAGAACAUUUUUCUCAUACCCUAGCUCUGAUAAUGUUCAACCAACCUAGAUUUCUGAUAACAUAUUUCUUCCGUAUAAAAUGUUUUUCAUCUUUCUUUCAUUUGUUCCCUGGCAGUAUUUCAAUAUUCCAGAUGUAGAACAAUGUAGUUCUCUCCUUUCUCCCAAACAGUGCACUGCUGUCCCAGUCCCGUGACAAUGCGACCCUUCGUUUUUUCCAAUGAAGAUGAUCUGCAACCAUUCCUCUCUGAAAAAACAUAUAUAUAUAUAUAUAUAUAUAUAUAUAUAUAUAUAUUAUUUAUUUUUUCUCCAUUGCUUUAUUAUUAAGUUUGGCAUGUGCAGCAGCUCAUACAUACCAGCUUAAUAUUAAAGGUUAUGAACUGCUAAAGGCUGAGAGAAUGUUUAAAUGAUGAUAGCAUCACAUACAUAACAAGUGGUUGAGAUUUCUACUUGCGGGGCACUUAACUUUUGCUCUGGCACAUCUGUUUGCCUCCUACACACAACUUAAAUGCGACAGUGAGUACGCUUUCUGGGGACCAAUACAUUUAAUUAAUCAGAAGAGAUAGGAAAGCCGUUAUUAAGUAGGUGUAUUUUUUUCUGACUUUUAAAAAUGCCUUCAUGCACCCAACAUCCCAUCCCCCAUUGUCAGACGUAAAAGGAAGGUAUGAAGAAGAAGAAGACAAUGCAUUCAAAAAGCAUUGAUUUGAUCAUACGAUUCACAUUACUGAAAGCAUGUGAAGCGAUAGCAUCAGUAAUUUGUUUAUGUAUCCCUAGCUACUCACUGAUACCAAGCAGUACAGUACAACGAUCCAACCAAAUGAAUAGGAGUUUUAUAUGGCUUGGAAAAUUAAUAGUCCCUCAAUUGAUAUUAAACAGACACAGAUCAUAUUCUCUGGGGAGGGGGGACACACAUUUGCUGACAAGUAAUGAGUUAUUAUCUGCUUCCCUUUUCUCUAUGGCCAGAAGUAAUAAACUCAUCUGAUUAGCUCAAAAUUUCUGUGAAAUCUUGGACGCUUCAUUUUGCUCACAAUUAAGGGAAACAUAUUAUUUCUUCAGGAUAAUAAUAAUUACAAAUAUAUGAUAUCAGAAGCUCUGUUUAUUACCAUACUGCUUAAAAUGUAAAUGUUCUGUGAUAGGGGAAUAUGCUUUAUGAUAAUAGAUCACAUCCCAACACUUUGCCAGGUCUAUCUCAGUAGAUAUAGGUAGAAAUUUAUGUAAGGUAAACUGUCAUUUCUCUGGAAGUUACACCAUUGAAUAAAGCAUUGAAAUUCACCUAUAACUUGUGUAUAGGUGAAUGUACCCUGGUACACUCAUCUACUGUCCGGAGAAGUCUGGUCAUAAAUGGUCUUUAUGGAAGAGAUGUAAUCUAAAAAACUACACCUAUGAAUAGGAAACAAGGCCAAGCGACUAUGCACGAAAACACAGGAACUGGGGUACAGAAAAAUUGGCAGCAGCUACUCUGAUGAGUCAAAAUUUGAAAUAUUUUUACCUAAGGGCUGGAAAGCGGUACAAGAAUGUGUUUCUGCAAGUAACAUUAAAGCAUGGUGGAGGUUUCUUGAAAGUGUGGGGCUGAAUUUCUGCAGAUGGAGUUGGGAAUUUGGUCGGAAUUAAUGAUCUCCUCAAUGUUAAGAAGUACAGACUAAUACUUAUCCACUAUGCCAUACCAUCAGGGAGGUAUUUGAUUAGUCCCAAAUUUAUUCUGCAUCAUGACAACAAGCCCAAACAUACAGCCAAAGUAAUUAAGAACUAUUUUCGGUGUAAAGAAGAACAGAGCCCUGGGAGUGAUGGUAUGGUGCCAUUGAUCCUGACAUCAUCAUGUCUGCCUGGGAUUACACAAAGAACAGAGAGGCACAGAAACAAAAUGCUAUUGAUCCAAGUAGACAUUUAUUGAAGUCAAAAACAGAUAAUUAUCGUGCACAUAAGGGAAAACCUGCCACUAGGGCACUUCUAAACUGUAACAAAUCUUUAUCUAUUUCUUAGGAUUUAAGUAGUCCUGAGUGAAUAUUUACAAUUUAUGUCAAAUUAAAGAAAAAAAUAAAGGUAUUCAUCUUAGAAUUGUAAUAGACAAAACAAAAAAGCAUACAUGCCGGGUUAUUAGUUCACAGCAAAAGGAUUCAGUCAUAUGUAGAGGGAAGCUCAAUGUUGUUUGGAAAACUGUGACACGUAGGUUGACCUAAAUUCAUGUACUCCUGGCACAAACAGUGUCCAAUUUUUUUUUUCAUUAGGAAAAACACAGGAAACUCACACAAUGUGAAUUGUUUUCUUCUUAGAUAACUUGCAUAUAUAAAUACAUGUCUAUUUGCUAGUACCCGUGAUGUAACUCCCCAGGGUGUCGCUAUGUCUUAUCUCGUCUUUAGCAAAAACUCCUGUACACUGUUUGGGAUCUUAUGUUUAAUGUUAAACUGCAUUGAAUAAUCUUACAUUUUUUUAAACCAUACACAAUUUCAAUUAAUCAUGCUGUUAUUAGAUACCAUGAAAGCAACACUCUAAACACAUACCUUCCAACAUUUCAUUUGGACUCAUAUCGCAUAUGCAUUCUGUAUGACUCCCCAAAUGAAUUCUCACAUUAUUGCUACAUAAUUACAUCUUAUAAGUCCACUCACAAAUUUCUUAAUGGAGUUAUCAAAAGGCUUAUAUCAAGGGUGGAAUUGCUGCUAGGUCCUGAGCAAAGAAAAGUUAAAAAAAAAAACUCAAAUCUCAUUGAAAAUAAUCAGAGCAUCAAGACUGGCUGAGUCAUUUCCUGGUUUGGCAAGAGCAAAUCCUGGGGCUUUCAGCAAAUGCAAGAACAUUCAAUUUUUUUUUAUUAUUAUUUUAAUUACACGUUUGCCGAUAUAUGUUCUUUGUUUUUUUUUUUUUAUAUAAUCUACCGAGAUUAUGGUGUUAGUAGUUUAUCUGAACUAUUGAAAAUAUAAUUAUAUAUGUUUUAUUAGUUGUUCCUAUUCCGAACUAGGAUUGAUUGCACCCAUCCUCUAUUUUCUGCUUGUAGUUUGUACAUUAUGUUUUUCUGAUAAUGCAUGUUAUAUAGCAUCUCCAUUCUGACGUUCAUUGGCUGCCAUGAUCUCUCUGGUGUUCUACCUGGCUGUCUUCUUCUGAUGUGAAACAUUAGAUGUAACACCUAAAUUGUAUACUGAAACUAUUUAGGAAUGCCACAAUAAUACCAAACAAGCCAUAACAUUACAGCCAAACAAACACAAAAAGACAAAAUGGUGACAACAAGCCAUUGCAAAUCUUUUUGCCUUUGUCUACAACAUUUUUGUAUCUCUAUUGAUAGACAUUUUCUCUCCCUUUACCAGGACACAUGUCCUUCACUAUUGAAACCUAUUGGUAGAUGUUUCUUUUCCCACUCAUGUUGAAUUUUCUUCCUUUCUUUCUCCUGACAUUUUCUUCCCCUCGCCCACAAGAUUACACCUGGUGCUCUAGUACCUUUUACAGACAUGGAACCUGUUCUUACCAGUAUAGAUGCAGUAUAGAUGUAGAGUUCAAGAACUUUCCCCUCUCUUAUGUGGGAUCAGUCCAAUGUAUAAUAAUGUUAUGCUAGUUUGUACAUAGAAAUAUAAUAAACAUAUACGUUGAAACUUUUUUUUUCUAUCUUUAGGAGAUGCAGGGCCUGACACCAAAUGAGGUUCAUCCAUAGCGAUAGUGCCCCACCAGUUUUUGUUGCAAUAAAAUAUAUAAAUAAUUAAAUACAUUAAACUAUAUGAUUCUUUUUUUCUGUUGGGGUUUUUAACGAUUCUACACUUGAGAUGCCUGAAUGUCUAGUUCCAAUGUAAACUAGAUGACCUCAGCCAUAAGGCCUGUACCUUUUAAUUGAUGAGUUGAUUAGCUUUCAAGAAAAAAAAAAAGAAAACAAGCCUUGUGUUCCAGUAUCAUAUCCAAAAGAAACAUUAAUAUUUACCCGCAGAAUAAUGAUUAAGCCUAAUUUUUUAUAUAUUUGGAAUGGGACUGGCACAGUCUUCUAAUCAAGCCUAAGCAUGAUAUGCGUAACUUACCCAUAUGGGAAGGAAUUGUGAUGUCCGCUAUAUUGGGUCACAAUGUGACAUAUCUAUGAAAUGGAAAAAUGGUAACAAAUUCAUAGAUGCAAUUAUUAUUUCAGUGGCACGUACAUAGAGGAGUUAGAACCAAAUAUUUCCAUUUGGAUUGAUGUUGGUCUGGAACACAAGGGGGUGGUCACAUAUUUUCUUUCUAGGUACACCUUAUCGCCACCUUUUGGGCCAGGCUUGGUAAUCCACAGGGUAUAUAUCUAAUGAUACUGAGAUGUGUAUUGUACUUGCUUAGGGGCCAGACUCUAAUUCUGUGUGAGUCACUAUCUCACUUACCAGAGACCCCCUGGGCAGAAGUUUUACUUUGAAAACCUGAGUGAUUAGGACUUCUGUUAUUUUAUCCCUUUUGUUUUCAUCUGUUGUUGGUGUAAAUUAUUUGUUUAUCAUCUAUUUUUUGUAUGCACUGUGACUAUUUUUUGCUCCCAAUAAAUAUUCCUUUAUUAAGUUCUGCCUUUGUCUGGUAAAGAAUCACGUUACCUGAAGAGACUAAUUCGUGUUUUGCAAUUGUUUUAAUAUUGUGCUAAGUUGUAUUUGGUGGGUUUUUAUUAUUAAGUCACCUGGGGGACCAUUUAGAAAUUGUCUUGUGCAUAAUGACAUCUUAGCGACUGAGUGGGCCAAAAAUCUACUUCUCCCUUCCCAUGAGUGAAUGAAGGAUCUGUGUAAUCCAUAAAAGUGGGCAGGGUAAAACAAAUUAUUUAUGGAGUCAAGUCAGCAUCUCAGCCCUGAACUUUCAGUGGCUGAGCUAUACUGUAUACUUUUCUAUCCUCAUAGAUUGUAAGCUUGUUUGAGCAGGACCUUCUUUGUCUCUAAAUGUCCGCUUUCUAUAAACGCUGUAGUACACAUUGGCACUAUUAAAAGGCACAUGUGUGGCUAAUGAGGCAGGGUUACAUUUUUUUUUUUCUUUAGCAAAAAAUAUUUGAAUAUGGAAAAAAAUUACUGCAUUAAUAUGAAGUCAAAACUAUAAUUUGUAUUAUUGGUGCCCAUGGUUUUCCUCAGAAAUUACAAUUAUUCAUUGAAUUGAUUUUAAAUAUUUACAUUGAUUUUCGUAGCUGCAUUAAUGCAGGCCAGUAAAAUUGAAAAAAUGUUUUACAUUCCGAGAUAUUUGUUAAACACAAGACCCAUUCAUGCUCAUAAAGCAUUUAUUGCUAUAAAAUAAAGCAGUUUUUCAUAUAUAAAAAUAUAUAAUUAUCACAUAUGUAAUAAUAUAUAAUAAUCGAUUAUAUAAUAUAUUUACAUAUAUACAGUAAUUACCCUGAGACAUUCACAUCUGUGUUGAAAAAAUAAAAAAUAAAUAAUGUUUAUUUGUAUUGUAGAGAAAAAGAACAAAAUUCAUGCCUUGUGACUUCCUCACUCAGUGGCUUUAUAAGUAAGUAAACAUGUCAUGCUGGUUAUAAAGCAACGGCAAAUUACCGCACUUUCUUUUCUUUGUAACAUAAUUAUUUUUAUUACAGCCACAAUCCAAAUAAGAAAGAUCACCAGUUCACCGGCUUCUUUGAAAUUCCGUUUGUCCAAGAAUGGUUGAAAGAUCAGUAAGUACAAGCUCAUCAUACACAGAAAUAUAUUUAAAUAAGGAAUCUUAUCUAAGAUGAAAGGGACUUUCCGGGCUGGAGAUGACCCCCAUUUUAAACGCACAAUGUGUGCAGAAUGCUGCACAGAAUUAAUGAAUACGUUGGAGCUCUUUGGUCGGGGGUCCGUCACCCACCAAAAACAACUAUGAAUAGAAGUCCACAGGCAUCAUAAUGUAGGGUGCUAACGAAAAAAAUGUAUUCUAGAUCAAAAGUACAAAAAUAAAAUACAACGUUUUCGCCAUCAGGAUUAAGGCCUCACGCAGUGGCGUACUAAUAGGCGGGUGAGGGGGUUGGCACCUACCCUUUAAGUGAGAGCCGCAGCUGGGCAGCUGGAGGAGGAAUCUGGAGGCUGUCAACUUGCUCCGCCCUCACGGUGUUUUGAGCUGAAGUGCUCUGACACUCUGUGUGGGCAGAGCCGUGGCGGGAGAGUCUGGAGCCCGGAUCAGCAGGGAGCAGCAAGCAUAAGAAAGAGCAGGGUGAGACUGAGUGCUGAGUGUAAUAUUGGGCUUUUUUGUUUGUUUGCAGGGGUCUUGUAGGGGAGGGGAAUGGACAGGGGUCUAUAGAAGGGGGUGGACAGGGGUUUUUGUGAAUAGGGAUACAGGGGGCUGUAGGGGGGUGCAGGUGGUUUGAAGUGGGGAUAGGGUUUUGAUAGAGGGGGUGAGCAGGGGUCUGUAGAGAGGAAUAGGGCAGGGUUUUUUUUGCAAAUGGAGGGCGCAGGAGGUUUGUAGGGGGGACAGGGCUCUUGUAGAGGGGGUGAGCAGGGUUUUUUGUAGAGAGGGGGCAGGCAUUUUGUGAAUGGGGGGUGCAGGUAGUUUGUAGGGGGGCAGGGGAGGGCAAGGCUUUUUGUGAAUGGGGGGUGCAUGAGGUUUGUAGUGGGGUCCAGGGGUUUUUGUACAGAUGGGGCAGGGAUUUUUGUAAAUGCAGGGUGUUUGUAGGGGGGCAGGGGUCUCGGAGAGGAGGUCAGGGAUAUUUGUGAAUGGGGGGUGCAGGAGUUUUGUAGAGGGGUGCAGGAUCUUUUUUUAGAGAGGAACGCAGGUUUUUUUUUAGAGAGGGAUGCAGGAUUUUUUUAGACGGGUGCAGGGUUUUUAUAGAGGGAUGCAGGGGAUAUGUAAAAGGGGGACUGGGCAGGGUUUUUUGUAGAGAAGCGGGUGCUGUGUUUUGUAGAGGGGGAAGGGGUUUUGUAGAAAGGGGUUGUGACGAGAGCAAUCUCGCCACAUUGCAUUGGAGAAGCCUGGUUGCUCGCCUGUUGCCUUUGGAUUAUGGCCCCAUGUUAAAAGACUUCUUUUCCCCUACAGAAAAGGCUUAUUCCUGUCUUUCUGCCCGGCGGUCGGUAGAUUCAAUCUACUGAACUAAUGCACGAAUGACUGGACCACCUGGGAGCUGGAGUGUGUCGGCAAUUAACCUCCCAGAAGCUGCGGUUAACCGCAGCUUAAUUGACGAAUGCUGGGUGGCCUUUGUUCGGUUGCCGAACACGUGGCGGCGGCCAUUUUAAAGUCCCGAAUGGCCAGCGGUGUUCAGCGCCCAAGCUGUGGAACUGUAAACAGACACUUAGUUGCACGAACACCGCUGAGCCGUCAACCUCCUUGCUUCUGCAUUCGGUCAGUUAACCGAAUGCCUGUUCAUUCGGUAGUUUAAACCGUAUGAACAGCAUUACCCCAGAUAGCCAUCCCGUGGAGUCUAUUCGUAUGGAGAACAGAUUUAGGAACACUUUAACUCCACGGCGAUUGGACUGUGUGCAUAGGAUCUGAGCGGUAUUCGGUACUUUUGUGUGCUCAGAUCCCAGCUAUCUGGGGAUGGGUUGCAAGUAUAUAUUUUGUGUGAUAAAUGUAAUAUUGUGUAUUUUAUUGUGUUUUAGUGUUUUACUGUAACCAUGUGGUUAAUGGAGUUUUGACUCUGUCAUGGGAGAUAAUUGGAUUACUUCCCAAUUAUCUCCAGGACAGAGGGAGGGAAGUUAGGAUGCAUUGUGGGGAGGUUUUACCUCUGUAUGUCUGUCAUUGGUUCAUGUCUGUCCUUUGUCACAGUCUCCCAUUUGGUCCCCUAGGGGAGUGUCCACCAGGUGGGAGACCUGCAUAAAUACUGGGCAGGUAGCCCUCAUUAAACAGACCACUGCUUGACCCUCAACACGGAGCUCUGUCUCGUCUUUGGGGGGAUUUACUGUAUGCUGAUAGAGACUGAUUGCUAGGAGUGUAAGCCGCUUGGGUGCUUUUCCUAUUCGUCUGCUAGCAGCUAUUCGUGAGGUUCCAGUUCGGGAGUUUGGAGUGCUAUUUUGUAUGCAGUUCGGGAGUUUGGAGCAUUCCCUUGUAUGCGGUUCGGGAGUUUGAUAUUCUGCAGUAGCUGUGCCUGUAUCUCUGAAAAGGGAAAAUCUCCUAAACGGCUUUUAACCCCUUUUAUGCCUGGGGGUACCGUUACAGGGGACUGGGCAGGGGGGUUUGUAGAGGGGAGCAGGAGAUUUGUAAAAGGGAGACUGGGCAGGGCCUUUGUAGAUGGGGGGGCUUUGUAGAAGGGGAACUGGGCAGGGGAUUUGUAGAAGGGGGACUGGGCAGGGGUUUUCGUUGAGGUGCGGGUUCAGGGUUUUUGUAGGGGGGGGGCAGGGGUUUUGUAGAAAGGGGACCGGGAGACAAUUAGAAAAUAUAUUAAAAAAAUUAGAAUAACAUUUUUUUUUUUAUUAUUUUACAUUUGAAAGGGAGGAGGGGUGUGCCAAACACAGGGUCUGCCCCGGGUGCCAAAUGCUGUUGGUACGCCCCUGCCUUACGCCAAAAUGUUGUAUUUUAUUUCUGUCCUUUUUAUCCAGAAUACAUUUUAUGUUUUACAUCCUAUAUUGUGGUGCCUGUGGUCUUCUAUUCAUCCCCAUUUUUUUUAUGUAUUAAUAUCCUUGCCAUAAAUGUAAAAAUUCUAAUUAGUGAAGUCACCUAUCAAGAGGAGGUGGGCAACAAUGGUGAAAUGCUCAGACAUUACAUUGAAUGGCUCAGUGAUAGGGAACAUUGACGUAUUCGUGCCUUCUCACAAUGUAGCUCCUGUAGGAAAUGACGUCACUGCCAUAUUUAAUAAAAAUUUAAAGUUUUUUUAAAAAGGACCUCUUGUCUUUUAAGCUAUUUCAUUUCAUGAAAGUGGACAGGGAGGUCAGGUAACUGUAAGCACCGUGGGUUUAUGUUUUGUGAAGUUACCUUUCAUUUUUUUUUUUUUGGUCUCUCCCACGUGUAGAUUAAACCACAUGGAAAUUUCACCACAAAUGUAGUGGUACAAGUAUCAAAAUCCUUGAUUGUAUAUCUCUUAGCAUUAUAAGGAUUAUUGAAUGUAUCAUCUAAAAACAUACAUGAGUAGCAGUGAUUAUUUCCUUUUUCAUUGGGCCUAAAAAUUUUAAAAACAUAAUUUGUUUUUUUUUCUUUAAGGGAGUGAGUUCUGCUCUAUCCAAUUAAUUUAUAGUUAAUUUGAUUCCUUAUAAGAAAUUUGUGGAAGUAGAGAGAAUUCAGAUGUAUCUGCAUAACAUCUCUGCAAGACAGGCCAGUGUUUCUUCAUGAUCCUUACAGCUUUAGAGGACCACGUGCUGUAUUUUGUAACAAACUUCAAUCUAUUCUCUUUGACCUGUCUCUUGGAUCCUUUUGGCUUCAGCAGUGUUAUCCUGUCCACCUUUGUGACUUCAGCGACCUCGGAAUUAAGAAGGUUAAUUGGAUAUCCUCACUAUGUAAAUCUCUUCCUCAAGUUGUAGAUCACUUUUAUCUCGAUACAAUUAUUUUAACUCAUUUGAGUUGGCUUCUCGAUAGGGACUAUAAUGCAAGCUGUUGCAGUCUGUUGCAGUCAGUAGGCUUCCUAAAUACAUUUGUUUGUAACUGUCCUCCUAAGUGGAUAAUAAUUGGCGAAUGUGCAUCCUGCCGGAUAAAUAUCCUAGUCCACUGGUGUAAAUUGGUUCAGAUGCUAUCAGUGAUUUUCAAAACAAAUGUUACAGAAUCGAUCGUACCGAACAAAUCCUAACUGCAUCUGGCUUUAGUAAAUCUGAGAAUUGCCAAUACGGUCGGAAUUUGGUAAUUUUCACCGGAUUUUAUCCAUUUGGACCAAUUCCUGUGUUUAAUAAAUAUACCUUUCAAGUUGAAAUUCACUGAAUUCUCGGUUUAGUGAAUAACCAUCUCAGAAAUAUUUUAGAGACCUUUACAAACACAUAAUUGAUACAUUUAAAGGGAUAGGUAAACAUAAUAUAGUGGGAAAAGGCAGUUACCCUUUAAGGAUGAUUCUUCAGAGUGCAGCAUAUCUUUCAAAUCAACAAUAGAAAAAUGUACACAUGGGUUUUCACUUUAACAUACAUCCCCAAAAAUAUACGUGACUCCUGAUCGGUACCUCUAUGACUACCCAUCCCAUUGUCUUUCUGCCUUCACUCCACCCCUCACCCACAUAUAAUGUAACAUUGUAUUGCAUCCACAAUUCAAUCUCUUCUGAAAAAUUAAAAUCUAUCAGAAGCUAAGUAAAUGCACCUGGAGUUUAGUAAUUAAUGCAGAAUUUUGCUCUCUGAAUGCAGAUUAUCAUUCUACAAAGGCUCCUGUGCUUAACCACUCAUUACUUGUCAUACAAUUGCUUAAUCAGCAUAAAUACGCUUCCUCCCUGCUGUUCCUUCACCUGCUAACUUACAUCAACAGAAAUAAAAGCCAGGAUGCGUCACCUCAUUUACAGAGGAGGAAAGCAUUCUAUUGAAAAAAAAAACAAGCAGAAAGUUAACUAAACAUUCUGCUAGUAAGCAAACAUCACAAGUUAAAUUGAAAUGUAUUCUGAUUAUUCUUUACCAUUGCAGCAUCUGUUAUGCAAUAACAUCCAGAUUCACAGCUACUCCAUAUGAGGGUGUGCAAUAUUACACUUUAGAAGUCUAGGAGAUUGUGCAUUUUCUUGCCUGCUAUUAUUAUGAUUUAUAAAACACCAAAUAUUUGUCUGCAUCGUACUUUAAACAACCUUUAUUGGGCCCAGCAAGGUAACGGAACCUAGUUUUUCCACUCAUACACCCAAUAGGUUUCAGUGGGCAUCGUCAGUAAAUACACAGUGGGUUAUAAUAUUACUUAAUGUGGAAUGCGGCCAUACCUCCAUCAUUACCAAAGCUACAGACAGUAACCUGAAUUACCUAAUUCCUGCAUCUCCUGGGGACCCCCUAACUCCCAAUGCUUGUAAGUGGCCAUGUGACCAGUGCUAAUUAUCUUUUUUUCCAAUCCUGCUGGUCCCAUUGGGUCUUUAUUCAUGGCACCUCCAUCGUGGUUUGUCCAAUAUGGUGCUCAACAGAAAUCUUUACAUCUGCCCUUCCUAGGGCAUGCCUUUCAUUGUGUAUUGACUUUUGGGAUCUCCGAAGGGUCAUCUGUGUCUCUUAAAUUAAAUUCCCCCUCCACCAUGGUUCUAGGCGUGUGAAGAAUACUCACCAGGCAACCACUUCUUGCUCACUUUUAGCGGCAUUGGGCAUGCCGUUCACUUCUCCGCCACUUUGUUUUGUAAUGACAGUGGCUCAUGUCAAUUCACCCGCACCAAACUGCAGCCCAAGAAGCAGACUAGUACAUUCAUUUUCAGCUGAAUUGAUGUAAUCAGUUGUAAUUCGUUUGGCAAUUUAAACUCGAAUCACUGAAGUCUCUUUGGUUUUUGCCUCUGGAGUUGGGGUGGUGUGUUCCCUUCUACCUUAGGGUCAAGUUUAUUUUGCCAGCCAAGCAAAUUGUUAGAGUGACGCAACAUGUUUUGGAUCAUAUUGAAUUUCAUCAAAAUUUCUGAAUAACCGCAACACGAAAACUAAAUGAAAACAAAUAAACAUAACAAAUCAAUUAAUUUUGAAUUAAUUUUGCAAAUUAUAGCAAAUUAGGAAGUUAUCUACUAAAAAAAACGAAAAAGCUAAAUUUCACAAAGUGCUUUCCUUAGUUUCCAUCUUUAAUACAUAGUUCCCUAAUCUGAUAACCGUAAAUACAGCAAUCCCACAUAAGGUAGAAAAUGAGGGUACUAUCUACUAAACAGCUGAUAGAUCAUAAUUAAGAAAAAGGCUACUAGGUUACUCCCUAAAUUGGUACCCUUAUGUGGGAAUUCCAUAUUUAAUAAUACUACAUUAGGGUGCUGUUUAGCAGAUAUCUCCCUUAUCUGGUAUCCUUUAAUAUGGCAGUCCCAUGUAAGGAUACCAAAUUAGGGAGUUAUCUACUAAACAGCAGAUCGAUUGUGUCUGCCUUCUAACAGUCAGAGAUGGUAGGGGAAUAGGGGGCUCUGUGUAUAGAGAGUACACUACAAGUAUUAUUUGCAGUUUGCAAAAGCUGUCUGGCCUUCUCUGUAAAACACAAAUAAUUGGUGUAAAUGUGGCAUUAUUCAACACACAAAUAACAUUUUCCCUUACAAAUACCUGAAAGUGGGCUAUUAGACCAUUUUUUUACCAUUUUUCAAAUAAGUGUCAUGUCAGGUUUCUUUUUUAUUUAAAACAAAGAAUCUAGUGAAGGUAAUAAUAAUAUAUUAAAGGACCACUCUAGGCACCCAGACCACUUCAGCUUAAUGAAGUGGUCUGGGUGCCAGGUCCCUCUAGGGUUAACCCAUUUUUUCAUAAUUAUAGCAGUUUCAGAGAAACUGCUAUGUUUAUUAAUGGGUUAAGCCUUCCCCCAAAGCCUCUAGUGGCUGUCUCAUUGACAGCCACUAGAGGCGCUUGCGUGCUUCUCACUGUGAUUUUCACAGUGAGAGCAAGCGUCCAUAGGAAAGCAUUGUAAAUGCUUUCCUAUGCGACCGGCUGAAUGCGCGCGCAGCUCUUGCCGCGCGUGCGCAUUCAGCGGGCGAACGGAGGCGGAGAGGAGGAGGAGAGCUCUCCGCCCAGCGCUGGAAAAAGGUAAGUUUAAACCCCUUUCCCCCUUCCAGAGCCGGGCGGGAGGGGGACCCUGAGGGUGGGGGCACCCUCAGGGCACUAUAGUGCCAGGAAAACGAGUAUGUUUUCCUGGCACUAUAGUGGUCCUUUAACCUUCUGAUUAGUUAUAAAAAAAAAUCAUUAAAAUGGUUUUAAUAUGUUUAUUAAAAUCUCAAAGAAGACCUAAUUAAACAUGUUUUCUUGACUAUUUUGUUCUUAAUGUUUAAUUUUUUUGCACACAAUUCACAUUUUAGUGAAUAAGCUCCUGCGUGAUACAAGAUCUCGUAUUGUGGAUUUAACGAGAGAUGACAGAUUCCCUUCUCUCCUCGUUUUCUCUUCAAUGGCUGAAGUUUUGCAGUUGCCAUUCUAUUUUUAAAUGCCCCGCAGCCAGUUGCAUAUUUUUUGUUAAUAAACCGUAACAGCGUUGGCAUGCUUUCUAAUUCCAACAGCAAAUGCGACAAGGUGACUGACCUGUCCCUCUGAUAAACCACUCUGUGGAUUGAACUACUACGUUCUAGAGACGUCUGCAUUGAAACAUUAUACUUGACUCAUAUUUACUUUGCUGUCUAGCCUUAUAACCCACACAGGAGGAAGGGCAGAGCAAGAUUAACUAUAAGGCGACCCUAGGAAGUCGCCUUAGGUCCCGGGGGUUAGGUAGGUACCCUGAAACCAGUAAACAUUUCAUUACUUAGCAAUUUGUCGACCGCAUUUUUUACUUCCUGUUUGUUUGAUCUUAUUUUAGAAUUUGGAUGAAUAGCAUAGAUUUGGGAAUUUGUUUUUUGGUAAGAUUAGAAGAAACAAAUAAAUAAGCAUUAUUGCACCUUAUUAUGGCUUCAAUUUAAUAUUUUUGGAUAAGCUUUUCAAAUGAUUUAAUAUUUUUGGUUAAACUUUAAAAAAAAUUGAUCAUAAUAUUAAAGUAUGAAAAAUAUAUUAUAUGUAUAAAAGAUACAUAUCUGUAUUAAAAAAAAUCUAAAUAUUUACAUGUUUUUAAUAAUAUUAAGCACUUUUAAAAGUUUACCUAAAAAUAUUAAAUCAUUGGAAAAGCUUAUUUAAAAAUAUUGAAUUGAGACCUAUGUACCUUAUGCGUUGUAUAAAUAAAAUCGUCUCGCAUGCUCAGCCUAUGUGCAGCCCAAUGAUUUCCCUGGAGAUGUAACAAUUGUAGCUCAAGUCAACCGCUUUCUGUUCAGUUUUGGAAUCUGCGUGAUUUCUCUGCAUUUUUCUAAUGCUCCCCAUGGAGCUAAAGCAAUUGUCACAGCAAUAAUCCUUAACAGAAUAAAGCAAACCUCUCACCACGGAUCCAGUGCUGGACUCAAUCUUCUGCAAGUAGGUUUUACAUUCUAGACCACUUGCAAAAUGUAGCUGAAAUGUCUCAAAAGCAACAAAGUAAGCAUUGUGUAGUACAUUGCAGUGUCGAUUAUUGUCCACGAUAGUAUAUGCGUUAUUGUUAAAGGACCACUAUAGUGCCAGGAAAACAUACUCAUUUUCCUGGCACUAUAAUGCCCUGAGUGUGCCCCCACCCUCAGGGUCCCACUUCUGCCGGGCUGAAGGGGGAGGAAGGGGUUAAUCCCUUACCUUAAUCCCUUAAUCCUUUACCGGCGCUGGGACUCUCCUCCCUCUUCUUCCGUCAUUGGCUGAAUGCACAUGUGCAUUAAUAAUGCUUUCCUAUGGAUGCUGGCGUCUUCUCACUGUGAAAAUCACAGUGAGAAGCGCCUCUAGCGGCUGUCAAUGAGACAGCCACUAGAGGCUGAAUUAACCCAUAGGUAUGUUUACAGCAAAAAAGGUUAAACCUAGAUGGACCUGGCACCCAGACCACUUCAUUAAGCUGAAGUGGUCUGGGUGCCUAUAGUGGUCCUUUAAUAUUGUAGUUUUUUUAUUAUCCUACACAUUGAUUGCAGGACGCAUAUCCUUGUAUCCUCAGAAUAGAAUGAACUAAGCAAAGGCAUAUAUGUUUUGCCAUUUGAAUGAAUAUUAAUAAUGUAGUGGAUGUUUGUGUAGUGGGUGCAGAGUGUGUGUUUGUAUAGUGAAUGGAGAUUGUAUGCUUGUGUAAUGGAUGCAGUGUGUGUAGUGUGUGCAGUGGGUGUAGUGUUUGUGUGUAAUAGAUGCAGUGUGUGUAGUGAAUGCAGAAUGUGCAGUGGAUGUAGUGUGUGUAUAGUGAAUGCAGAGUGUUUGUGUAGUGUGUGAGUAGUGGAUGCAUUGUGUGUAUAGUAAAUAUAGUGUAUGUAUAGUGAAUGCAGAGUGUGUGUUUGUAUAGUGUAUGUAGUGUGUGUAGUGGAUGCAGUGUGUAUAUAGUAAAUGUAGUGUAUGUAUAGUGAAUGCAGAGUGUGUGUUUGUGUAGGGAAAGCAGUGUGUAAAUGUUGUGUAAAAAAGUUGCAGUAUUAUAUUGGAACAGAAUUAUUUUUUUUUUACAUUUAAUUUAAUAAAUUUAUUUUUAUUCUCCCUCCCUGCUUCUUAAAGGACCACUCUAGGCACCCAGACCACUUCAGCUUAAUGAAGUGGUCUGGGUGCCAGGUCCAGCUAGGGUUAACCCAUUUUUUUUAUAAACAUAGGAGUUUCAGAGAAACUGCUAUGCUUAUAAAUGGGUUAAUCCUUCCCCCAAAGCCUCUGGUGGCUGUCUCAUAUGCGACCGGCUGAAUGCGUGUGCAGCUCUUGCCGCGCGUGCGCAUUCAGCCGACGGGGAGGAACAGAGGAGGAUCGGAGGAGGAAAGCUCCCCGCCCAGCGAUAGAAAAAGGCAAGUUUUACCCCUUUCCCCCUUUCCAGAGCCGGGCGGGAGGGGGACUCUGAGGGUGGGGGCACCCUCAUGGCACUAUAGUGCCAGGAAAACGAGUAUGUUUUCCUGGCACUAUAGUGGUCCUUUAACUGAGGCCAGGGAAGGGGGUGAUUACAUCCCCUGUUGGUCAUUGGCAUGGUGCAGGGAGCCAGGACUAUAUACUACAGAGGGGGCCCAGCCAAUGCCAUUUUCACUUUACAUCUGCUACUCUAACUCUCGCGAGAUAGGUGUGUGCCAUGCAGAGCGAUGCCAUGUUAAUCUGUGGCAACGCUUUAACAGCACAGAGGCUCACAUAAGUUAGAGAGGGGGGAUCUGCUGUAAAAUGGCGCUGGAUGAGCUCCCUCUGUAGUAUACAGACAUAUAUAUAUAUAGUGAUAAUCAAUAUAUAUGUGCACAUUGGGACUGUGGGGCCAGGGCCUGUGCCCUGUACAGCCAUAUUGCCCCCCAGGCCUGAAUCUGACAUAUAUACACACUUUGACACAUGCAUACACCGACAUAUACACACACAGGCGGACACUCUGAUACACUGAUGCACACACAUACGCAUAUGCACAUGACACAUAAACACUCACACACAGAUACACACAUUAACAUAUAGAUACCUACAUACACAAACACACCCUGACACACAGAUGCAGACACAGAUAUACACACUGACGCAUACAGGGGAAAAAGUAUUUAAUCCCCUGCUGAUUUUGAACGUUUGCCCACUGACAAAUAAAUCAUCAUGCUAUCAUUUUAAUGGUAGGUGUAUUUUAACAGUGAGAGACAGAAUAAGAAAAUAAAAAACAAGAAAAACCUAUGUCAAAAAAGUUAUAAAUUGAUUUGCAUGUCAAUGAGUGAAAUAAGUAUUUGACCCCUUUGACUUAGUAAUUGGUGGCAAAACCCUUGUUGGCAAUCACAGAGGUCAGACAUUACUUGUAUUAGGCCACCAGGUUUGCACCCAUCUCAGGAGGGAUUUUGUCCCACUCCUCUAUGCAGAUCCUCUCCAAGUCAUUUGUACAGUAUGAUAACGCAGUGUGACCAACACAUACAAAUAAAACAAGGGUUAGCCAGAAGUCUUGUAUUCAUGUUGUGUAAACUAGCGCUGACCAGAUUCAAUAACUGAUCUACACAAAGUAUAAGCAGAUACGUGCAUUAACAAUCUCUGAUGAUGGUGCCACAUCAGUUCAUGGCUGUUGUAGUCUCGACCUCCCUUUAUUACACAACAUAGAUAACAAAUGAAAAUCCCUGCAAUUUUUAGCAAUCAAUAUCCUCGGCAUGUACACAUUAGCAGGCUAUCAAUUCACUACAAUAACCUAUGGCUGCUUUUAAUGUUAGUCAGCAGCGAGGCAUCAAUAUUGAAUAAGCUAAUUUUCUUGAUACUGCGUCACACAGAAGCUCGAUUUGCCUCAUACUGAAUUGAUUAUUAACUCAUAGGUAAAAAAAAAUAAUCUGUAAUCAAAGUGAAUGUCGUAGUCUAGUUUAUACAAAUAAAUAAUAAAAUAUUAAAGACAUAUUAAUAUUCCACAUACAUAAGGCAGGCCCCCCAAUAGUCUGGCUUUUGGCAGGAUGGCCCUGAUUUCGGGGUCCUGUCCUGCUUUAGUUCCCUGGUGAUUCACAUCUAGUGACAACAGGAAACAGUCCAUGCUGUGAAGCGGGCACUAGAAUUAUGCAGACCUCGCUCCACCAACGCACCCUGCAUGGUGUUAUUGGUAGGGGGCUGGUCAGACAGGCUGCCACACAGACCAGUCCUUUACUGGUAUGCAUAAAGAGCUUUAGGUUGCUGAAGUGCUCUAUGUGUCUGGAGUGUUUGAGAAGCCUCUAAUUAGAAUAUAUUGGAAAAUUGGAGGGCUGGCAAGGGCUGUUGACAGCAGAGGGAAAAAAGUGAUCUGUGAAUGUUUACAUGGUGUGUUCAAUAAAAACAUGGCAACAUUUCAUUCUUUGUGUGUUAUUAGUUUAAGCAGACUGUGAUUGUGUAUUGUUGUGACUUAGAUGAUGAUCAGAUCACAUUUUAUGACCAAUUUGUGCAGAAAUCCAUAUCAUUCCAAAGGGUUCACAUACUUUUUCUUGCAACUGUAUAUACACAAUACAUAUGAGAAAAACAGCACACACACAAGAAAAAUAUAGUUUUAAUAUAGACUUAAAAUCAUCUAUCCCAGCAAACAAAUAUAGGGAUUCAGUUUUACCAUAUGACCAUAUUUAACAGUACCCCAAUAUUGGUUGGUCCUACACUAAUUUAAACACGGGAUAUUAGCAUUCUACUUGCUUUAAACUGCUUCCAGAGACUCUUCUCAUUUAAUGCUUUUUCUGCAUUUUUGUGUUAAAUUAGUUAUUUCCUACAUUUUUGUGUGUGUGUGUUGUUCCCUCAUUUGUAUUUUAUCAUAAACACUACAGCAGGCUGUAGUAGUCAUGUAAUUUGGAGUAACCCUUUAAAUAGUCACUUUGUACUUCAUAACAACAGCCAGCAUUUUGGAUCUUGAUGCCAUUAUCCUGAGCCUGAUUAUCCAUUAGGCGACCAAGACUGCCUGCUAUGGCCUAGGAUAAGACAGGGAGAUCAAACUAUCUUCAUGCAUGGACAUGUGACUCUUCACUCCGCACAGCAUUGCGGUCUGUACCUGGUACUGGUACAGACCACAAUGCUGUGCGGAGUGAAGAGUCACAUGUUCUUAAAGGGGUCUGUAUCUGAUAUUGAUUGACCACCAGGGAUCCUGCUCACCCUCCAUUGGAUUACCAAAGACGGCAGAGGGGGGACAUAUACACAAAAUUCAUCCACCACAGACAAAACACAAUCAGUACAUACAGACACUCUGAUGAAAUGUGCAACUCAUUUUCUGUGUCUUUAAUUUUAUAGGGAUACUAUAGUCACCAGAACAACUACAGCUUAUUGUAUUUGUUCUGGUGAGUACAAUCAUUCCCUUUAGGCUUUUUGCUGUAAACACUGUCUUUUCAGAGAAAAUGCAGUGUUUACAUUACAGCCUAGUGAUAACCUUACUGGCCACUCCUCAGAUGGCUGCUAGAGGUGCUUCCAGGGGCAGUGCUGCAUAGUGUGCAGCACUGCCAUUCAGUGUCUCCACCCUUUGCAUGCAGACACUGAACUUUCCUCAUAGCGAUGCAUUGAUUCAAUGCAUCCCUAUGAAGAGAUGCUGAUUGGCCAGGGCAGUGUUUGGCUUGUGCUGGCUCGGCCCCUGAUCUGCCUCCUUGACAAGCUCAGCCAAUCCAGCGCUUUCUUAUGUGAAAGCAUUGUGAUUUGCUGAGAUCACCACUUCUGAUGAUGUCAGACAAGGAGGCAGAUCAGGGGCAGAGCGUGCAGCAGCAGACUGGAAUAACGGUACGAUUUUACUAUAUUUAGGGAGGCAAAGUGGGGGGGUCAGAGGGCCAAAUGGUGUUUUUAAUAGAGUCAGGAAUAUGUUUGUGUUCUUGACCAUGUAGUGUUCCUUUAAGCACUCACAGUUUUAUACAUAGACUAGAAUAAGGGUCAGCAAACUACGGUGGUUGUGCCUUUGCACAGCACUUGGCCUGCCAGAGCCAAACAAACUCUGGCCUAUCAGGAGUCCUUAGAGCAAGCUGAGUUGUGAGGGACAAUGCUCAAUUUAUGCAUUGCAGCACUUACAGAAAGUAAUCUCAGAUCAUUUCAACCCAGCCUUUGUGAAUGGUGAUCCGCACUGAAGGAGAGCAGCCCGCAGCAGCUAUCACAGCUCCUGCCCUUGACCUGUAUCUGGCCAGCCCGGUGCCCACUGGACCCCACACUGCUUGAUCAACACAUAGCUGCAGAAGAAGUCUCCCCCUCAUAUAAAUAAUACAAACAGCCCAUACACAAACACAGUCUCAAUAACCACAACACCACUGACAAUCCACAUACAUGCACACAAACACAAUCAUCCUCUAACAUGCAAUACAGCAAGCAGCCACACACACACCAAACACACGAUGCAAUAUAGCAUCCACACACAAUUACACAAGCAUCCCCCAUACACAGCCCCCAUUUAUAGGUAUCAUACACAAUGCCACAAACUAUUCAUGAACGUAUACAAUAUAACCGCCUACAAUAUGUACAACCCUACAAAUCAACUACAGAAGUCUUAAAUAACACAAGCAAAAUACGGCAGCAUACACAACUUAACAAGGACCGGCACACCACGGGACUUCAAAAUCUUGUUUUGGCACAGUAAUACUAAAAGGCUGGGCUAGAAUAUUGCUACCUCAUUAAGGAGGUGUUAGUGAUGAAUGAGAAUCCCUGUAUUUAUGUGUAUGUAAUCUUAAGCAAAAGGAAAUGUUUAAUUUUAACAUUGUAAUUUUUACCGAACACAAAUAAAACAAGUGACCUUUCUAUUCUAGUCCAAGGAAGCCCAUUCCCCUGUCAUUACUGCUGUCUGAGGAAGAGGCAACUUUAAUUAUACAGUCGUUCUGGAGAGGAUAUCGGGUAAGAGAUCUCUGAUACCUUUAGCAUAAUAAUGUUUUAGAAUAAAUAUAGAAAUCUGUAGAAAAAUAAAAAAGGGGAAUCCAAGUAAAAGGUAAAUAUUUAUACACCAUGUAAAUUAAUAGAAAAUAAUGAAAGAUCUUUGAUCCUUGAAUAAAAAUGUGAGUAGCUGAUGGUACCAAGCUAAUAACUAAGAGCGGAAAUCCCAUAAAAGUUGAUAAGUUAUAUAUAAAUAAUAAGCCUCAUAUACUUGAUAAACUGAAAAAUGAAACUUGGGCUGGACAUGGGGGAUGUCAAAUUGCUUUCAUAUUUGUACUUUGUACUUAAUAUCUGAGAUCCAAACUGAUGUAUUGAAACUCUGCCUCUGGUAUAAUUAAAAAUGUUGUUAAAUGACGUUCUGCUCGGCACUAUGGUUCCAGACAGAGAAGAAAACGUUGGUAAACCAAUUAAACUAUGCAUUGGCAGGUGAUUUUGUUAGAAUUAAAUGCUAUAUAGAACAUAUGUGUUAGAUACGGUCACCCACACUAAAUAUCAAAUCUGGUGACUUCAAUAGACUUUUCACUAUGAACAAAGAGUUAAUUCUAUACACUAAUGACCCCACAAAGGGGUGGCUGGACAAAGUUUAUGGACCUUCUUUUUGGAGGCUGUGAACGACUGUUAAUAAGCUUCCAGUGUUCUCUUCCUUUUUACAACUCGUUAUAUAGAAAGGUUGUUUUAAAGGGACACUGUAGGCAUCCAGACCACUACAGCUCAUUGAAGUGGUCUGGGUGCAGUGUCCCCAUUGCACUUAAUGCUGCAAUGUUAAACAUUGCUGUUCCAGAGAAACAACAAUAUUUACAUUGCAACUCUAAGUCUGCCUCAGGUGACUGGAGGCUCUUCCUGCAUGCAAAGGCACCUUUGGUCUGACGCUCGACGUCCUCAGGCUCUGCAGGAAGACAGCCAGCGUCCGCUAUAUCCCCAUAGGAAAACAUUGAUCCAAUUAGCGCCUGCUUGUCGUGGGACAUUGGAAUAGGCAGAGCCGCGACCCAGAGCUGAGGGACAUCGGCACUGGGUUAAGGUAAGUAAAUAAAGGGUUUUUUACCCUUUAUUGACCACCACGGUGGGGCGCGAGGGAGGGGGAGGCAGAGGGAACUAUAGUGCCAGGAAUACAGCUUUGUAUUCCUGGCACUUAUAGUAUACCUUUAAAGAAUUGUAUUAUUUUUCUCACAUGUAGAUGUCACUUAGCAGUACUUUAGUGCUCCGUUUAAAUUCCUCUUCUUGACUCCUCAUUUUUUCCCAGCCAUCUCAUGUCUGUCACCCAGGAGUCUUUGAGCACCACUGUUUCUGCCAGCCUCCAUGUGACUCCUACCCCAUUCUUGUGUAUCUCACCCCCCUUCUUUGUCUUCCAGCUCCCCCAUGCCUAUCAGCUGGCCUCUCUCAUUUCUCUCACAGUAAUUUGCCCUCAGCCAGAUAUCCAGCCCCCAGCCAUACACCUUCUCUCGCCCCCACAGCCACUUUAAAUUUUUGUGCUUUAACCGCUGUGCAAGUUCUGAUAGCACAAAACAACGUGUUAAUCUUCACAUGCAGUUUGUGUAAAUAUUUCUCCAGUUCCCAAGGUUUGUGGUUUUUAAUCAAGCUGACACUAAUGCUUUAUGUGACAGUAAUCACUAAUGACAAUAGCUCUUCGGGCCUCCGUAUUGCAGAAAGCUACAAGGCUAAUCAUUGUCAAGUACAGCAAAGUAUGUUCUGACUGGGCUUCACAAGGCCACUGCAAUAUCUUAUGUUCAAAAAAACAAACAUUAAUUCACUCUUCCAGGCUUAUACAUUAGCCUCCCUGCUCACAGGCGUCCUUUCCGAUUAUCUAUGUUUAUUGGCAUGUAUUGUGGAUAGUUAAUCCAUACUUACUAACUGUAUCAUGUCUGAUUUGAAGGUAAAACAUAUUAGAUCAUUACAUCUCAAAAUAAAGUUGAUGGAUCACUAUGACAAUUUUUGCAUGUAUGAAUGUUUGAUUAUAUUUUAGCAUAAUUGCUAUUCAAGAGUUAGUUAUGUUUUCACAUAUGAUUUUCAGAGGCUAAUUGCAGGCGAUUGAUUUGUAAACCUCUUCAAUCACAUUGACGGUCAGAGGUGACACACGGGAUGUAAAUCUCUAUGUUAAAUUUGAUUCAGUAGUUUUUAUCAGUGCCCUCCUGCUCGGAGGAUGUGUUUGAUUUUCUAUGUUUCUUCAGUUUUCAAAUUCAUGUUUAUUUUUCAUGGACAGAAGAUUAGAAUCCAUGGAAAUGGGUUAACUUUUUACAUACAACAAAGUAUUCAUUUCUAACAUGGAAUACAUUUAAAUGUAGAUCCUUGCAAAUUGUUGAAAACAAUAUAUAUAUUGUCUGGUUAAAUACGUUAAUGUUUUUAUUUAGUAUGUGCAAAUGUUAUGAGAGACACAUAUAUAAAUGUACUUAUUUGUAGAGGCAUGGGAGAACGUUUAACCCCUUAAGGACCAAACUUCUGGAAUAAAAGGGAAUCAUGACAUGUCACACAUGUCAUGUGUCCUUAAGGGGUUAAUAAUUUCUGAGUAGCCCCACUCAUAAUGUACAGAUGAUAUAUGGGUUUGACAGACUUAGGCUGCUGAAGUUGUGAAUUGUGACAUUGCAUCCCUAUGAAUGAUCUGCACAGCAUGAGAAAGCAUUGACAGAGAUCUCCGCAUGACUAAAGCUGCUCUGUCACCCCAAAUGUAUCUUUUUUUCUAUGCAUUCCUCUUCUCUUCCUUACUCUAUACUUAUUUUCUUCCUUUCUCUUCUUCUUUUCAUAAAAUAAGGCAAGAUAGGGAUUAUUUGUCUUGUGUAUUUUUCCUCCACUUGACAAAUUUUGAUAUAAGGUGGAGCUUAAAGAAAGUGCCAUUUUCUCACAAUACUCACCUGUCAAUUGCCCCCUUGUCACGAUUCAUUUACAAGAACAAAUACCUGAUACAUAUUCAUCAUAGUCUGGCACGGUCGGCCCCAGAUAUUACCUGCUCCUGGGAAAUAUACCAGUGGGUUAGUCCAGAUAUGGUUAUUAUAGAGAUUAUUGGCCACCAGCCCAGGCGCAGAUCCACACACGGCGUAGCAAGCAAAAGCUCUGCACAAUUCCUGACAAGGCUUCCAUAGCCUUGCAGUACUCUAGCAAAUGUGUCUUCCACGGUUUUCAAUUAACAGAAAAUGAAGCUAAAACCAGAGAAAGUUUAGGAUCCCACAAGGCCCUAGGCAGGUUUCCAGUUCGGUUCAUCCAAUCAAAGUCAUGGUUUAUAGGGCCACUGUCUAACCUCCAGGCCCUAAGCACAGCCUAGUGUUGCCUUUUGAUUAAUCCAGCUCUGGCUACAAAAUAUUUAUGGUAAUGACCCAACGGGAAGUUGCCCCCCUGCCUCCUUUGUUAGUCCUCUCUUGGAAGGUAUUCUGUCAUUUUGUGUGUCAACGUUCUAAUGACAUUAUACAUUAGUGGUUGCAUAGGAACUUAUAACAGCCAAGGGUUUACAAUAGGCCCUAGUUUAAAGAAUCAGCCUCUAACAUACUUCUUAUUAUGUGUCAAUGAUUUACAUUGAAAGUGUGAGAAAAUAGGUAUGAAAAUUUGGUACGUUUUCUUUUUCUCUUCGAUCUUUACCAACUGAGUCAUGCGAGUUGAGGGACAAGAAUAACCAGGAAAAUAACAGAAAAAUAAGUAUUUCAGGAUGAGCCUACAAGAGAUUAAAUGCUGUGUUGUUUAUGUAUAUGGAGUGGAACGUAUUCAUGAUCUCUCCAUAUAAUAAUAAAAUCUAUCUAAAAUCUAAGGCUUUAGUCAAGUGUUUUUUCUAUUUUUCUGUGAGAAGAAAAGAAACUGUAAAUUGCUUAGUUUGUUGUAGAUAACUGCAUCUGACUGCAGCUUUUAUUUUUAGCUAAAACUUCCAGAGAGCUAAAGUCAUGAGUUCUAAAUAAGUGCCUUCAAACAGAUGUACCAAUUGGAUAUGAGUCCAUGGCCUCUUUUGACUUGUUGACUUUAUUCAUAGCCUGGUCUAAAGACCACUACACUGAAACUCUAAAUAAAACAUCUGAUUGCAGAAGAAAAAAACCUGUGUUUCUAACUGCAAUUGUGAAAUAAAUUAAAAAAUAACGUACAAUAUUAUCAAGGUUUAAACAUUUAUUUUAGAUUACUUGUCAGCUUUAACAUUUAACAGUUAACGGUUAACAGAUAUAUAAGAUUUAGAUGAGAACAUAUAGUAUAGGAUAACCUGAGUACAUAGUGGCCAAUGGUGCUGAAACCUCUGGCCCAUUCCCAUGGAAUAAGCUAAAAAAAAACAACCCUUUUUUUUUUUUUUACUACUCUUCAAAUGCCCUUGCGUUGUGCAGAGGGAAUUAAAGGGACACUAUAGUCACCAGAACAACUACAGCUUAUUGAAUUUGUUCUGGUGAGUAGAAUCAUUACCUUCAGGCUUUUUGCUGUAAACACUGUCUUUUCAGAGAAAAUGUAGUGUUUGUAUUACAGCCUAGUAAUAACUUCACUGGCCACUCCUCAGAUGACUGUUAGAGAUCCUUACUGGGUCAUGGCUGCCUAAAAUGCAUCCAAACAUUCAGUAUCUCCUCCCUCUGCAUGCAGACACUGAACUUUCCUUAUAGAGAUUCAUUGAUUCAAUUCAUCUCUAUGAGGAGAUGCUGAUUGGCCAGGGCUGUGUUUGAAUUGUGCUGGCUCUGCCUCUGACCUGCCUCUUUGUCAAUCUCAGCCAAUCCUAUGGGGAAGCAUUGUGAUUGGAUCAGGCUACCACUUUUGAUGAUGUCAGCAGACAGCUUGUUUUUCUAAGGCAAACAGCAUGCAGAGUUAUAGCUUCAGGCUUGAAUACAAGUAAGAUUUUACUAUUUUAGGGAGUCAUGAGGGGACCAGGGUGGCUAGAUGGUGGUUUUAACCCUAUAUUGUCAGGAAUACACGUUUGUAUUCCUGACCCUAUAGUACUCCUUUAAGUAUAGAAACUUAAGAGGGAUGUACGGAAAGAAAACGUGUGGACUGGCUGACAAUGACAUUACUUAAGGUAAAGCUGAUCUUGCUGCUUCUGUGUCUCUUACACUGUGGCAUGCUGUCAGGAUCGUGACAGGGAUCCAACACGCAGAAUACAAACAGGGGAUAGGUACGUAUACCGGACCUUAGAAUGGCCGGACUAACGUAAGGAGAAAGCAAAAGAAUAGUCAGAGACAAGCCGAGGUCGAGGGAACGAGAGAUCAGGUAAGCGAGAGACAAGCCGAGUCAAAAGGACAAGAGAGGAAAGCAGGGUCAAAAUACAAGCCGAGUCAGGAACCAAAAGACAAUAGAGGUAAUUGCACUGAGUGACCAGACUAGCUAGAACCACGACAGGGCAAUGAAUCAUUCCACAGAACCCUUUUUUAUACCUUGGCUCUUUAACUGUUGGCUCCGCCCCCAACGGGUCCUGAUUGGUUGUUCGGCACUUGGUUGCCGUGAUUGACGGGUCGGAACGUGAUUGCCGUCAUGACGUCGGCUACUGAGCGCCGCGUCAUAAAAGGAGGCGGAGCUAUCGCGGCCGGCGUGUAAACGACCGGGAGGAGUGCAAGGAUCGGGUGAGUCAGCCCCCCUGGGAGGAUGGACGUCUAGGUGUCUAACCUCCUCCGAGGUAGACACCAAAGGUACCCUGACAGUACCCCCCCUCUCAGAAACGCCCACCGGGCGGAAGGAACCGGGGCGGGACGGAAAACGAGCAUGAAAUGCCCGGAGGAGACGAGGGGCAUGCACAUUUUCAUGGACCACCCAAGACCUUUCUUCAGGCCCAUACCCCUUCCAGUCAACAAGAUAUUGCAACUUCCCCCGAGAAAUACGAGAAUCGAGAAUGGAUUUGAUUUCAUAUUCCUCCUGACCCUCAACCUGGACAGCGAGAGGGGAGGACUCAGGGGAGGAAAAUCUGUUGCAAACCAAAGGCUUCAAUAAAGAAACAUGAAAAGAGUUAGGGAUGCGCAGGGCAGGCGGAAGGGCAAGACGAUAUGCAACCGGGUUAAUCCGACACAGAACCUUGUAAGGGCCUAUGUAACGAGGGGCAAAUUUCAUGGAAGGAACCUUCAAGCGGAUGUUUCUGGUACUCAACCACACCCUAUCACCCGGGGCAAAAACCGGAGCCACCCGUCUCCGUUUGUCAGCGUGUCGUUUGAACACCAAGGAAUUCUGAAGAAGAAUUCGUCGAGUCUGAUCCCACAACUUUCUCAGAUUGGCGACAUGAACAUCAACCGACGGAACCCCUUGGGAAGGGGAAACCGACGGAAGAAUGGAAGGAUGAAAGCCAUAAUUCAAGAAAAAGGGGCUAGAACGAGUAGAAUCACAAACGAGAUUGUUGUGUGCAAACUCUGCCCAAGGAAUCAGACCAACCCAAUCGUCCUGGUGUUCAGAAACAAAACAACGCAAAUAUUGUUCAAUCUUUUGGUUGGUGCGUUCGGCAGCUCCGUUGGACUGGGGAUGAUAGGCAGAGGAGAAGUUCAACUUGAUGCCUAAGUGAGAACAGAAAGACUUCCAAAAGCGGGAAACAAAUUGGGAACCUCUAUCAGAAACAAUUUCAGAGGGAAUACCAUGUAGACGAAAAAUCUCCCUCGCGAAUAUCUCAGCUAAUUCGGGAGACGAGGGCAGUUUAGGCAAGGGCACGAAAUGAGCCAUUUUAGUAAACCUGUCAAUCACCGUGAGAAUAACAGUAUGUUUUUUAGAAACAGGCAAAUCGACAAUGAAAUCCAUAGCCAAACACGACCAUGGUCUCUCGGGAAUUUCUAAGGGAUGCAAAAGUCCACAAGGGAGCGCGUGAGGUUGCUUAGUCUUCAUACAGACAGCACAUGCCCUGACGAAAUCCCUUAUAUCCUUACGAAGGGAAGGCCACCAGAAAUCUUUAGAAAUCAAGGAACACGUUUUGCGUGUGCCGGGGUGCCCAGCAAUUUUACUGUCAUGAAAGCAAUGCAGCAGUUCCACUUGGAGCUCAGGAGGAACGAAGUAUCGAUCCCCAGGAACAGGUUUGGGAGCUAGAUGUUGUACUUUCUUGAUCUCAGCAAGCAACGGCGAGUGUAUCCUGACACAAGUGUUGGCAAUAAUAUUACACUUAGGAACGAUAGAAGACAAAGGUGCUUCAGACACCGUAGAGGGUUCAUGUUGACGGGACAAUGCAUCUGCCUUAGAGUUCUUAGAACCAGGUCUAUAAGUGAGCACGUAAUUGAAAUGUGUCAGAAACAAGGACCAACGAGCUUGCCUGGCGGACAAGCGCUUGGCCUCCCCUAUGUAGGACAAAUUCUUGUGAUCAGUCAAAAUAGUAACCGGGUAUAAUGUCCCCUCCAACAAAUGUCUCCAUUCCUUUAAAGCCAUAAUGACCGCUAACAGUUCCCUAUCACCAAUGUCAUAUCUACUUUCAGGCCCAGAUAAUUUCUUGGAAAAAAAACCACAAGGAUGUAACGGUUUAUCCAAACCUAGCCUUUGGGACAAGAUAGCGCCUAUACCUGUCUCCGAGGCGUCAACCUCGAGUAAAAAAGGCAAAGAUGUGUCAGGAUGAACUAAUAUCGGUGCUGAGGCAAAAUGUUCCUUGAGAGUUUUGAAAGCAGAGAGAGCCUCUGUGGACCAAGUCUUGGUAUCAGCCCCCUGUCUAGUCAUAUUAGUAAUAGGAGCAAUAAUAGAAGAGUAACCUUUAAUGAAGCGCCUAUAAUAAUUGGAAAAUCCGAUAAAUCUCUGAAUGGCCUUGAGUCCCCUGGGCAAUGGCCAAUCUAAAAUCGAUUGGAGUUUAAUGGGGUCCAUCCUAAAUCCGCCUCCAGAAAUAACGUAGCCAAGAAAGUUUAUCUGAGAUUGGUCGAAGCUACACUUUUCCAAUUUGCAGUACAAUCCAUGUUGUAACAGUUUGCGCAGUACCCUUCUGACUUGUCUGUGGUGAGUCUCAAUCUCUCUAGAGUGUAUUAGUAUAUCAUCCAAAUAUACUAUAACGCAUUCAUGCUGAAAUUCCCUAAGAACCUCAUUAAUAAGGUCCUGGAAUACUGCAGGUGCAUUGCAAAGCCCGAAGGGCAUUACCGUGUAUUCAUAGUGGCCAUAACGGGUAUUGAAAGCUGUUUUCCAUUCGUCUCCCUGCUGAAUUCUCACCAAGUUAUAAGCUCCCCUCAAAUCUAACUUGGUAAAAAUCUUGGAGCCUUUCAGUCGAUCAAAGAGCUCAGUAAUUAAAGGAAUAGGAUAAGCAUUUCUAACAGUUAUCUUAUUCAAGCCCCGAUAAUCAAUGCAAGGCCGUAGAGUGCCGUCUUUUUUAUCUACAAAAAAGAAACCGGCCCCGGCCGGAGAAGAUGAUCUCCUAAUAAAACCUUUGUCUAGGUUUUCACGUAUGUACUCCUCUAGGACUAAGUUUUCCUUAGUGGAUAAAGGAUAUACCGUACCCCUCGGAGGCAUAGUACCAGGUAGGAGUCUAAUUUUACAGUCGAAAGACCUAUGUGGAGGUAAAGUAUCAGCCCUCUUUUUGUCAAAGACUGCCUUUAAAUCCUGGUACUGUGAUGGUAUCAGUAAAUCUGUAGGUUGGGAAGAGCUAACCGGGGCGUCAACCCUGCAAAUUGGUGAGACUUUCUGCACACAUCCUUUCUGGCAACCCUGACCCCAGGAGACUAUCUCACCCAGUUCCCAGUCAAUGAUAGGGUUAUGCUUCUUAAGCCAGGGAUACCCCAAGACUAUAGGAACUGAAGGAGAUGAGAUCAGCAUGAGGGAUAUUCUUUCCUCGUGAAGGAUACCAGUGGUUAACUUAAUUGGUAUGGUUUCACGAAAAAUCACAGGUUCAGAUAAUGGUCUACCAUCUAUGGCCUCAACGGCCAAGGGUGUAUCCCUUAGCUGAGAUGGGAUAGAAUGGUUAGUGACAAAGGCUUGGUCAAUAAAGCUUUCAGCUGCUCCGGAAUCUAUCAAAGCCAUAGCAUUAAGUACUCCCUUUUCCCAAGCUAAAGAAACAGGUAUCAGAAGCCUAUGAUCUUUGUAAUCAUAAAUAGAGGACAAGAUAGAAACACCCAAGGCCUGUCCUCUUGAGAAACUUAGGUGCGAGCGUUUCCCGGCCGGUUAGGGCAAUUUAGGCGUAGGUGACCUCUAAUUCCGCAAUACAUACAAAGACCCUCCCUUCUCCUGUACUGUCUUUCCUCCUCUGAGAGUCGAGUAUGACCUAUUUGCAUAGGUUCUGGGAGAGCUAAAGUAGUAGAAUCAGAAGUCUGAAAUGAGGGAGCUAGUCUUAUGGAGGAACUGCGGGUUCUAUCCCGAAUAUUCUGCCUCUGUCUCAUACGUUCAUCUAUUCGGGAAAUAAAUGAAAUCAGAUCCUCCAAAUUUUCAGGAAGAUCUCUUGUGGCCACCUCAUCUAAAAUCUCAUCAGAUAACCCGUUCAUAAAUACGUCCAUAUAAGCCUGUUCAUUCCACUUGACCUCUGCCGCCAAGGAUCUGAACUCCAAAGCAUAAUCCACUAGGGUUCGGUUAUACUGUCUAAGACGUAACAGUAGUCUAGCUGCAUUGGCCUUUCUUCCUGGAGGGUCAAAAGCUCUCCUAAAUGCAGCGACAAAAGCAUUAUAAUUAUAAACUAACGGGUUAUCAUUUUCCCACAGGGGGUUAGCCCAUCUAAGUGCCUUGUCAAUGAGCAAGGUAAUUAUAAAUCCAACCCUUGCCCUGUCAGUAGGGUAGGCGUGGGGUUGUAAUUCAAAAUGAAUACCUAUCUGGUUUAAAAAACCUCGACAAGUGUCAGGAGCGCCGCCAUAGCGUGACGGGGACGUAACACGGGAAGAAGUAGCCACUGUGGCUACCUCUAGGCCUGUACUUAUAGGAGAGAUAGAUGGGGUACGCAUCUCCUCUGAGUGACUACUAGGACGAGAUAGCAAUGCUUGCAGAGAUAGAGCCAUCUGGUCCAUUCUAUGAUCCAUGGCCUCAAAUCUAGAGUCAGGAGAACCGACCUGAGAGUUUGUACCUGCAGGAUCCAUUGGCCCUGUCGUAAUGUCAGGAUCGUGACAGGGAUCCAACACGCAGAAUACAAACAGGGGAUAGGUACGUAUACCGGACCUUAGAAUGGCCGGACUAACGUAAGGAGAAAGCAAAAAGAAUAGUCAGAGACAAGCCGAGGUCGAGGGAACGAGAGAUCAGGUAAGCGAGAGACAAGCCGAGUCAAAAGGACAAGAGAGGAAAGCAGGGUCAAAAAUACAAGCCGAGUCAGGAACCAAAAGACAAUAGAGGUAAGUGCACUGAGUGACCAGACUAGCUAGAACCACGACAGGGCAAUGAAUCAUUCCACAGAACCCUUUUUAUACCUUUGGCUCUUUAACUGUUGGUCUGGCCUAACGGGUCCUGAUUGGUUGUUCGGCACUUUGGUUGCCGCGGAUUGACGGGGUCGGGAACGCGAUAGUGCCGCCAUGACGCCGGGCUACCGAGCCAGUCAUAAAAGGAGGCGGAUCUAUCGCGGCCGGCGUGUAAACGACCGGGAGGAGUGCAAGGAUCGGGUGAGUCAGCCCCCCUGGGAGGAUGGACGUCUAGGUGUCUAACCUCCUCCGAGGUAGACACCAAAGGUACCCUGACACAUGCCCCCUUUCUUCUAAAUUCACUAAAUCUAUUUUUUUUUUUCUGUCCCAGAAGCAUAACAGGAGCUUCUGCCUGCUGGUAAGAAGAGCAAUCGAAUGCUUGGGGACAGUCCUAAGAAAGCAUAGAGCAAGCGCAUCAUUAGAUGCAUUUCCACCAAGCUCAGGGCACUGUCUGCAUAGUAUUCCCUUAGUUGGCCAGCCUGCAUGAUUUGGGGGCAGCCGCUGACCUUCCAGUUCUUCAAGCUGACCCCCCCCCUUCUUUCUGGGAAUGUCUGGCCCUUUCAGCAGUGACGGUUACGUGAUUCGUGUCAGUGGCCCAUCUUUUUACGACUCCCACCAAUGACUUGCUCCUGUCAGGGGGUAUAGAUUUGCUUAAGAGGUGAAAACGAGAGAUUAGCAUAGGGUAUGUGUUUUCUUAUAGAUAUAUCCUGUGAGUUUUCUUCUAGCACCACCUCCAUCAGAUAUAUGACGCUUUGGAGAUAUUACUGUUUUAGUGUUUGCUGUCGAAAGGUUCUGUAACUAGGACCAAAUUGCCAGCACCAGACCCAAUUGGCUCUUAAUCCAACCCGGAGUAUAAUUUUUUGUUGCAAAAGCAAAAAAAGGAGUUUAGUGACAUAACACCACCCACACAUAGCAGUAGUCUCUGCACAAGUCUCAUUCCGACUCAUGACAUGCAAAAUCUAACAGCUGUUUAAUGUGCUGCUCUUGAGACCUCUCAGUAUGACCUACACUACAUGAUGAAGCAAGGUGGAGGUGAGGGGAAGAGUGUCCAGUGGAGAUAAGAGAUUACCAGAUGUGUAGUAGGCAUUACCUAGCUUGGUAAAUCUUCAAUUUUAAUAGCUGUAUUUGCAUCUUGAGGGGGAGAGGUGGAAGCCAGAAUGAAGGUUAAACUAGUCUGAAGCACAGAAACAUGGGAGAAGAAUAUUAGAAUAAGGUGAGCUGAACUUGGAGAAACCAAUCAGGGAUAUGGUUAUGAGAUAUUGAGGAAGGUUUGGUUGAAGAGGUGUGUCUUUAGGAGAUCACGGAAAUAUGAGAGAAAGGUUGACAACCUUGCUAAAACUGUUUACCGUCUUAUCGUGGGAUGGUGCCAGAGCACUUCUAGCAGCGGGUUUGAAGUGGUUAUGGUGCUUGGAGUGUUCCUUUUAGAUGAAUUCCAGUUAAGCACUCGUUUCAGAGCCAGAUAGAUGGCGAUUUGUUGAUAAAGACCAAUAGACAAUCUGCACUGGUGAUCAUAUCUCUUCUCUGUAUGAUUAGAUCCAUGCCUGAUGAGCUAAAAGGCGCCAGACAACCCUUACAUUAGUUUAAAUGGUACAAAAGUAAUUGCUUUCUUGAAGGCAGUUUAUUCAUUAAUUAAAAAUCUAACUUUUCCUUACAGCCGUCAUCCCAUUUUCAGAGAAAUUUAGAUUUCUAAUGAUAUUUUUUUUUCUCACCAUGAGACUGUUUUAAAUAAUUCAAGUGGGGCUCUUGGGUACAUUAAGAAAUGAGGGCAGAAAUCAGUAAAAAGUUAUAUAAUUAGCAACUGUCUGCAACAUGCAAAUCUAUUUCCUCUCAGGGGUAUUACACUUAGUUCUGUAUGUUGCGUAGUCUGUCUAGCAGAGCAUUGGUAAUGAAAUAUUGUCAGGUCACUGAGUAAUUCAUGUCAGCCGGCAUUAUAUAACGCUGCUCAGCAUGCAUCAUAGAGUUUUGCUUUGGAAUUUAUUUGCUAAACAGUGGAUUUUGGUGAAUUAAAAGACUUAAAUAACCAAGUUGUAUACAAUACAGCAGAUUCUGUUUCUUACGUUUACCAAAAAUUUAAUAUUCUCCCAGAAGAUAGAAAUACCAAAACAGAUGGUGUACGUAUCCACUGAAAAGUUAUAUAAUUAGUAAAUAUAUAAUGUUUACAAUCUUUUUGUUCUGUGCUUUCUGAGUCUACAUAUACUUCUCUGAAACAGAUCAAUGACAAACUCACUGACAGACACACACUUUCAAUGACAACCUCACUGACACACUCACACAUACACAUUCUCUCACACACACUCACAAAUUUUAUUUAUUAAUACUUUUUUUUUUUUUUUUUUAGGCCCACCCAGCCUUCCCACCUUUGGGUCAGUGGUGUGGGUCCUCUCCUUGAGGUCCAGGGGGUUCUCUCCCUAGUGUUGGGCUGCUUUAAUCUUCUUCUUCUUCCUCACUGCUACCUCACACACCGUUUAGUGACGCCAGGGCCGGAGUGAUGUCGUAUUCCGGCACCCAGCCUCACCGCAGAGUGUGCGCGUAGGGAGCAGUGAGAAAGAGCAGGAGCGUAAGCAAUCCCUCGCCGCCCAUGCUCAGCACUCUCCAGGACACACUGUAUAGGCACCUGCCAUUCAGGUAAGCAGGUGCCUACUCUGCCUUAGCGAACAGCCUGUCGCCUCCUAAAGUGGACGGUCGGUCAUCUCAUGGAUUCCCCCUAUAGUCGCAACACAGGGGGCCCAGUUACACUCGCUACCUCAGCGACCCCUGUAGUUCCGCCGCUGCAAUAAGUCUAUGGAAGCCUCACUCCCAGUUAAUUCUAGUUAAGAUAUAUCACAAAGAUCUAGUUAUAUGCAGAAAUCAAAGAAAGGUUUAGGCACUCCAAGGUCCAACAAAGGCAUAUUUUUUGAACAAAUCAUUAAACACUGAAUAAAGGCAGAUUUAAACAUAGUUGUAUUUUGUUUUUUUAAUGAUCGUUUCUUAUUGCCCUAACCGUUUCUUUGUGUUUAACCGAGACUUUGUGUUUGCUACAAUUGAAUGUCAGCUAUAUAGUUAAUAAUGUAACAGAGUACUGCAAUUUCUUUGCUGUACUGUUCCUGAAACAGGUGAGCAUGACUCGAAUGCCACUGUAAAUGUCUUCACAUUUCUCUGAUGCCACCUCAUCCGACUGCCCUGCAGGCAUCAAACUGCUAUUGGAUGCUACAGAGAGGCAUUUUGUGUGCAGGAUUCCACAAACCGUGUGUCACUGUCUACAUGGGAUUAAUAUAUUCAUGGUGCGACAUAAUAAUACUUUGGUCAGCUGACUUCACAUAGCAACUGUCUCCAUUUAAAUACGCAAUGUUUGUUUCCCCAUCACAAAGAAGCACACUGUGUAUUGCAUGAGUCUAUAUGUGUUAUGUAAUAAUAUGGUCUGCUUGAGACUAAUCAACUAUCAGGGUUAUUCAGUAAUGUGAGACUUCAAAUUGAUGUCAAAGUGAAUUUCAAAUUUUAGGAUCAAAUAGCCAAUCUGCAAGCAUAGCUGACUGGGAGACUUUUUCCAUUUUGGCUAUUUGUGCCCUAAAUUCAGAACUCAUUAUGGAGGAAGACAGGCAGUGAAUUAAAUUUGAAAAGCGACUAAACCAUAUUGUAGCUACAUUUAAGGGUCAGUUUAAGCUCCAUAACAACUUUAACUAUAUGAACUUUAACCCAUACCACUUAAUUUAAAGGAAUUCAUCUAGGUGCCAGGUCCCUGCCUGUCUAACCCUGCAAUUUAAACAAUGGCUGUUCUGCAGGAACACCAGGGACACGGAUCUAUACACGAUGAAUGGUACAUUAAGCUAAAGUUGUUUUGGUGCGUAGCGUAUCCUAUAAAUAAACCCUAACUUAGUAGAUAGAGUAUUGCUUACUGCAACUCCUGACAUCAUAGCUUUUGGCUAUGGAAUCCCCUGAUUCUUUUUUAAUUAUUUACUGUUAAUUUACUGUAUAUACAUAUACAUCUUUAACAUUUUCAGUGUAAUUUUUUUUAAUAAUAAUUUUUCGUUAUUGCUGCUCGUAGCUCACUGCAAACUUCCAUUGAAUAAAAAAAGUUAUUUAUAUGGAGGUCUGGAAAUCUAUUUAAGUUAAAAAAGGAAGAUAUUUUUGAAGCACACUCAAAUUAUCAUGCAAGUCACCGGUCAACGAAAGCUCCAAAUCAAAUGAUUUUGUCAGGACAGUCCUGAUUUCGGGGUCCUGUCCCGCAAUCCCCAUUUAGUUCUCUCAGGCAGCAUUAGAAUAGCUUGCACUGUGAACAAGCUUUAAGAUGAUGCAGAAAGUGCUUCAGCAGCUCUCUCUGAUUCGUCCUAUAUGAAGGGGGUUGGCAGCAGGCUGUCUGUGAGCCUGGCAUGCCUGACUCCAGGCUGACAUGCUCCUUCAGUGGGCGGAUAUGCAUCUUUUCCUUGCAGGCCUGCCAAUUAUGAACGUUGCACACCCCAUCCUCAACUCAUACUUGGCAAUGUGUAUCUAUACAUAUUAUAUAUUACUAUAAGGCCUACUUCUCUAGACCAACUAUAUAGCAUAAGGCUAUGCCUAUCUGUCAAACUAGAUCAUACAUUUUCUUUUUACAGUACAUGGCACUUUGAAAUGUGUUUUUGCUAUACAUAAACAAGGCUGCAAAAUACACUUGCUCUUUUUCACUAUGCUGUCUGGAAAACACAUUAGUGUUUGUAAUUUGGCAAUUUUUUUUAACAGAUGCCAUCAUUUUUUAGAAAUAAAUUGUUUUACUGUCUUUUCAAUACAAUGGCUUACGAGAUUUUCAAAUUGGUUUAUAUGAGCAGUCAGCUAUUUACUUGGGUUACUCACUUAUCGUCAAAUCUUAACUUGAAUAAAAGCUGGAAAAAAGUGUAUUCUUUGAGCAUUAAUUUGUCAAAUACUUUCCCUAAUAAUUAGAAAUACAAAACCCGGGGGCGGAGCUAGGGGACUUCGGGCCUACUGCGUGGGACUUCCACGCCUAUCCAGUGCCGAUCUCUGGAUGAGCGACGGUUUUGACCAGGCCUCGUCUCCCUUGGAUAUCCUUCAAGCCCGGCUUGGUACAAAUAUGGGACGCAAAUCACAGAGAACGACUCCAGCUCAGACUGGCAGCAAUCAAGCCAACGGCCAGAUGCUGGCCUCCACUUCCAGAGCCAGAGGGAUUACACCCACGUGGCCUGAACCAGCACGACACCCUCCCAUGGAGGAAACUACUACGGUAGCAACCCCAGACUUACCCAAAAUCGAAGCACCGGUACCUAAACAGGACAUUCAUGAACUUUUGGCACACCUCCAGGCAGAUAGACUCCAGGCAGCCAAAGAAGACAUCUUAGAUGUGAAGCAGGGCAUGACCACACAAGGUAAAACCAUGCAGCACCUGCAAGAAAUACACUCACAGCUUGCUAUUAGAAUGGAUGUCUUGAAGGACAAGGGGCAACCAAGAAAUAUUAAAAUCCACAUUGUACCAGACUCUGUUUCCAUUGAUGAGCUACCUCACUUCCUCAUGAGGCUCCUAUCCACUGUCCUACCUGCAAAAAUCUGUAAACAGUUUGCAUACGACUGCAUUACCGCAUCUCCACAACAUCUCGCGCACCAACGAACGUUCCAUGGGACAUCAUCCUAUGCUGCCAGACCUUCGCUAACAAACAGAGGCUCCUACAUGCUCUUAAGGGAAAAAAUACACUCCAAUAUGAGAACCAUUCCCUCACCUUCUUCCAGGACCUGCGCAUAGCCACCUUGCUAUGGUAAAAAAUCCAUGCGCCCUACCACCCAGGCACUGCAGGAGGCAGGAAUAACCUAUUGUUAGACAUACUCUAGGUCCCUUAUGGUCACUACAGACGGCAAGACUUACAAAGCAACAAAACCGCCAGAGGGCCUAAACAUCCUACAGGCUUUGGGCCUUUUCGAACCACAGCCAUCUCAGCCCCCCCAGCCAUGCCUGGGAUGUCUCCCGAAUCGCACCAUUCAUCCCUGGGGGAGUGGUGAACUCUGUGACGUGAAAGCCUGAUCAGUAGCCCUAUUAACCCAGUUGGCCUGCUUUAUAUGUUUUAUAAGUUUUAUAAGCUUUAUGUGUAUUACAUUUCAGUUUAAUACAAAUGACCAUAGCAAAUGUAGCUCUUUAACUGUUCCAACACUGACUACCUGCUCCUUACGCAUUCCAUAUCAUACCUCUGACGGAUGCAUCUAAAUCCCCCGCUAUAACUCAACACACCUACACAACUUGGGUGGGGACAUCCGCCUAGAAAUACUGACAAUCUGACAAUCCCCCCUUACCCCAGAGGAUAGGGAUAUAUGCACAUCUCCUUAGUUGAAUUUGGCCACACUGUAAGAUUCACUCACAUGGUACCCACAUGCGCGCCCAUACAUAUGGCGGAUGACAACCGCACUAAUAAAUACGACUAUGCCAACCUCCUUUGUUUACACUAUUUCCUAAUCAUGGAGAAGCCUGCUAUAUAGCAGUCAGAACCUCAAGACAUCACUGCCUAUACACGCAGCAUACCACACGACGUUCGUGACGAAGACCUUGUUUUGUUUGACAAUCAAUCUAAAAAUGUGCAGUAUCUCAUACUUGCCUUGUACUAUGAUAAACUCAGUUUACUCACAGUUCACGAAUGCUGUUGGGGCAAAGUGAACCUGUAUAUUGUUACCAUGAACAACAAAAAUAAAGAAUAAUAAAAAAAAAAAAUGAAAAGCAAGAAAUACAAAACCCAACAAACGCUCUACUGGCUGCCAGUCUAUAAAAAUCCAAAAUUCAAAAAACAUUGACAGAUUGCUAACACUAAAGUGAGCAUUUGUUGGGAAACUGGAGAAAUACUUUAUGUCAGAGAUUCUUCCAGUUCGACUAUUUUCGGCCUUAAAUUUGUAAUUCACUUUGAAUUCCCAACAAUUAUUACUGUAGUAACUAUGGCAUUUUUAUGAUACUACAAAAAUAAAAGAAUUACAUAGAUCGGGAAGGAUGGGGGGGAGGGGGCGAGGGAAUGGCCGCUACAUUAUACAGUUAUUGUUCUUUUGCAAUUGUUAUCAGUUGUAUUUAUUUUUUUGUUAUAUUGACAACUUCAACAAGCAAUACAAAUCAUCACGUCAUGAUGCCUUUCUCCAUUGCCCACGGAUCUGGUUGCACUACCUCUGCCGCUGUCAUUCUUGUCCCCUUGAAGUACUCAGCCACUAGUUUGAAUGCAUGUGACAUCCAAUAAUGGUAAACUCACAUUUCUUCAGAAUCUGCAUAAUUCUUUUUUUCUGCCUGACUGGUUCCCUUUCUUUCAUAUGACAGCAGUGUGAACGUUCCCAUAUCACAGCUAAUUUACCUAAUUUAAUACAAAUAUUUGUUGCUUUUUUUUUUCGACAAAAAUGCCACAGGCAAUUAGGAAAAAUCAUGUGUUCUGCAAGUCUGUAAACCUUUAGAACCCAUUCUAUUUGGGACUUAAAGGAACACUCUGAUUAAACACUAUGUUGUUUUUUUUGUUUUUUUUUAACUUGCGUGUUCUUUAAACUCUUUAGAUUACCACCCUUGUUUUAAGAAUGAUGGGUAAAAAUCAGUUAAGCGCACAUUUAUUUUAACUGGAUUGUCCCUUUAGUUGAACAAAUUUAAGCUGAGACCUUAACAUUUGUUUGUUAAGUUAAUGUUAUAUACAUUGGGGGAGAUAUAUCAAAUCGUCACAGACAGUUUUGCUUCUUUACGGUCUUUUUUUAAAUGCAACUCAUUAAAUCAGUUUUUUAUUUGUCUUUUGCUUCGUUUGCGACCUAAUCGUUCUUGAAUGUGCUCCAUGUUUUUAGAAACGCAACUGAUUUAUUAAUCUUUCUGUAGUUUUAUUUCGUUUAAUAAGUGUUCUGUUUCACUUCCAUUUUUUCCACCGCUCAAUAUUUGACAGUCUUUUCUGAAAUGUAUAUUUCUGCGAAAAAUUGUGUAAUUUUGGCACGAGAAAAGCCAAUACUUUUUAGACAAUUUUAGAACCAUUUUAUAUAUAUAUAUAUAUAUAUAUAUAUAUAUAUAUAUAUACGAACAGAUUAGACACUAAAAAUAAUAAAAUCUUUUUUAGAGCACUUUCACAGAUCUCCCUGUAAUGUUGAACAAGACAUAUUUGGCAAACUCAUUGUUUUGUUUAUCUCCAGGUACGCUGUGAUCCUGAAGUCCAAGAAUUACGCCAAUGGCAAAAAGAAUUACGGGUGGAAAAAUACAUAAAUAAGAAAGUCCAAGAGUUCUGGGCCAAACAGGAAUCAAAAGGUAAAUACCAGUCUGGAAUAAAAGGGAAUCGUGACAUGUCACACAUGUCAUGUGUCCUUAAGGGGUUAAAGGACUGCUCAAUGCAUGUCAUUGAAGCGGUCUUGGUGCGGUGUCCCUGUAGUUUUAACCCUGGAACGUAAAACUUGUAGAACAGGAAUGCCCCAAAGGUAGAUCCCCAGAUGUUGGAAAACUACAACUCCCAUGAUGCUUUGCUUGCCAAAUGACAAAAGGUAUCCUAAAGGCAUGCAGAGCAUCUGUAGUUUUAAAACAUCAGGGGAUCUACCUUUUGGGCACCCCUGUUGUAAUAACUGCAAUUUUACAUUGCAAGGCUAAACACCUCUACUGGCUAUCUUCUUGACAGCCACUAGAGCCGCUUUCUCUGCAACAAAAGAGGAAGUCAUGUGACCAAAUGCAGCUUAUAGCAAAGUAUCGAAUUCAAUGCUAUCCUAUGAGACGCUUUUGGUUGGAUGCACAGGUGGUGCUGACUGUGCGUUUACAUCAGCCCCCACACUUUUACUAUGGCAAUUACAUCUUUUCUUACACUUAAAAUUCUUUACAAUCUCUAAUAGCUCAGAUCAGUUUUAUUGUUGUAUACAAUAUACAAUUGUUAUAUACAAUUUCUAGUUAUUUUCACAUUUUUAUAUACCAACUUUGAAGCCCAUUAUGCUGGUUCUGGUAUCCUCUCCAUCAAUAACACAUUUCAACCGGUACCCUGUCUCUUAUUUCUGAUUGGCUCAGGAGACAAAUUACUAAAAUAUGUGUCACUGUCAUUAACAAACCAAGCAGGGAUUAAAUUGCAUUACUGAAUAUCUUGAGAAAUCUCUCAUAUGUUUAGGGUAUGUUAUCCAUACCCUAGGUUGGGAAGCUUGGGCAAAACGAUUUCUUAUUUUCUAGCACAGUGGCUGUGAAAGUUAUAUUUGUGUAAAAAGUUUGACAUCGUGUUUAUUCCAAUGUCCAAUAACAUAUUUACAGACAUAGCGCAGCAUGUAUAAAAUCUUUAUUUUCAAUGUCACAGAAUCACCUUUACAUUGUGUCGCUAUAAAACCAAAAUGCAUUCUUUAAUAGAAACAUCCCCUCUAAGUACAAUACUUCCAACAUUUCAGUGUUCAGAUAUUCUGAUAGAUCAUUAGAUUAAAAGAGUUCCCACAGUACAGUGCAAGAAAUGUACACCAUGCGCAUGCUUUUUUACCUGCAUCAUGACGUUUGAAAUUCCAUAUGUGUAAACCUUGGAGGCAAUAUAGAACAUACAGAAGUAUUUGUCUAGCUUUGGCAGGAGGGUGCAAGAAAAAUGGCCUUGAAUAAUUCUUAAUCUAAUCGGUUUUAUUGAUAUUUUAAAUAGAACCAUGAGAUCUAUUUUAUAACACUAUAACACUAUAACCAUGCUUCCGGGUCGACUGUCUUGUCCUAAAUGUCCCUUGUCAUAUCUGCACCAGUUGAUGUUGAUGAUGAUAACUUGGUAAGAUAACCCUGAGCAACAAUGUGUCUUGACCCCAGCUUAGAUCAUUGAAGGUCGAGUAUUUAUUUAAACUGUCAAAAACUAGUACUAUACCAAAGUUGUUUUGCUAUAUCAGUAGUAUCAGUAGUUUCCAUGUCAUGAAACGCAAAAUACACUGAGCAGGAUACUGUCAUUUAAAAAUUAUUCUUGUCCAAAACAUGCCUUCAGCUAGCUUCCUUUCUAAGUAUGGUAGCACCAAGGUUUAUGCCUCAGAAACAUAUCUAGUAAAAGAAAUAUAUAUAAAUAGUGUGAUGUUAUAGUUUUUCAAAUAACAUUUCCCCAAAAUGUGCAUGGGUGGUUCAGUAGAAGCUCCAAUAUAAGCCAUGCUCAAUGCAGAUACUAUAACAUCUGAGCACACAUAGUGCCCAACCAGAUAACCUAAGUGACUGAUGAUCACUCAUGUAUUCUAUAUUCCUAAAGCAGUGAUGACAUGGAUAUCCUAUACCCGUAGAACAGUGAUGGCCAGUCAUUGGCAUUCCAUGUGUUGUGGACUCUUGUUGCUGCAGAGCUUUUCCAACCAACAUGAAAACAUAGUCUACAACUACUAUGGUGCCCAGUGCCUAGAGUUAGAUGUUACCCUUGUUUUAACUGAAAUUUAAGAGGCAUUUAAGCUGGUAAAUCACGUUCUACAUAGUGUUUUUGUUACAAGAGACGAGAAUAACUGACAAAUACUAUCCGCUAACCAAAAAAAAUUAUAAUCUUGAACAUAUUGGUUUUCUGGGCAGUACACAGAAUUGCAGAUUUUACAGCUAAGAGUCACAAAAUACAUGUCGCUACUUGUAGACACGUGCGCUCUAAUUUAAAAUGCAUAUGCCUACAUUAUUUAACAUGAAAUCUGGUCCUGCCCAUAACUAUUUCAAGACUGAAGCUUGAUUAGCCUAGACCGGUCCUAUAUACUAAAAUUUCACCUUUACUGUAGAUUUCCCUUUAAAAGACUGAUGUCAUGGUGACACUAUACUGCAUAUGAAAAUGUCACAGGAAAACCAUUGCAGUUCAUGUUUAUUGAACAAGAUUUGCAGUUUGUGACCUUUCUUAUUAAGUCAUGUGAUUUUAUACAUGUACUAGCAUAACAAAAUGUAAGAAAUUCUCAAGCACAGACACACAUCAGCUAAUAGCUUGCUGUGUAUGGAAUGUUAACCAUGUGAAAGCAUUUCAAAUGAGUGUUAGUAAACAGGACAAUCUGUCAAUGAAUAGAAUAGACAUUCCACAGAAAACAAAACCAGGUAAGCACUCAUUGCCCAGUGUGUCUCCUCUAGGUCUCUUCAGUGAGAUGUGGUUUGGUACCACUCUAGGCACACUGAGCAAAGCAAAAUGUAAAUAUGAGUGUAAUAAGUGGACUCCAAUCAUGAAAACAUUUCACCUACCUUUAGUAAGGACUUACAGGCUAUAUUCUUAGUAAAUGGAUAGAGGCAUGGAUGAAGGGAGAGUAUAUAGUGGCAUAUAUUUCAAGUCCACACACUUAUUAGCUUAAUUACAAGGGUUUAACAAACUAUCCAGAGGUGGUAGGGGAGGACAAGUUCCGACAAAGACACUAACAACCAGUUUCCACCCCCCAUGCAAAAAUGAAUAGUGUAAAAUGUAGUUCUUAUUUUAGUUAAAUGUUAUUCAAGGCAUAGUAAAUCAAUAACACGUAAAAAAGUCAUAGAGCAGUUCUGUAAAAUAUGUUUUACAGCUAGUAUAGACAGAUAUACUUGGCACUGGGUGCUAAAUAAGACUCUACUGAGAUCUGUUCUUAACUUCAUCUCCUUAAAUGUUUUCUCCUGAUUUAUGGCACAGCUGCUGUAAGGUAUAAUCUGGAGAAGAGCUAUUCAACUAGACAUGGCUCACAAGGACGGUACUUUGACAUGCAAUUUCAGAACACCAUAGACACUAUCAAGUUACAUGAUGUAUGAUAUGGCCUGCUACCAUGACUUUAAAAAAAUAUGUGGCUCAGCUCUUAGAGCUCUCGUUUUGAAGUGAGUUGAAAACGGGGCAAAAGAAAAACUCUUUUCUUUCAUUUGUUUCCUGGAAAACUAAAUAAACAAAAUGGACACCAACAGCAUUUUGCUUAUGAUGGCAAGCCCACGGGGUUGCCAAGGACUCAACAAGUUUGAAGAAGAUAAAAACAUUUUAUAUCUGACAGGUUUAUAUGCCGUUAUGACAUGUCUUUGUUUCUCUAGGGCCUUGCUUGCUCUGAGUGUGCCUGCAUUCUAUUCAAACUUUGACAUAACAGAUGCUCGUGCUGUAAUAAUACAUAGGAGUGUCAUUGUUUGUCUCUUCUUCUGCGUUUUCCAGCUAAAUUCAUGUGAAAGCAGGAAAAUGCAAUAGCUAACAGCACAAUGGUGGAUAAGGUUGACUUUGGCUGUAGUCUAGCAACAGUUGGCAUUCCACAUUGUCCUACAUGUCGACUAGUCAAAAGAUCAAUAACUAGCCAACGUUUAUGCUUAUACUAUUUUUGCCAAUUUCGUUACUUCUGGCCUAAUUUUGGACUUCUUUGUUAUUUAACUUUUAUCUGUAAAUGGGACUUCAUAGCACUGUUCAUUGCAGUGAACCAUUGGUAUAAAAGUGUUGAAGGACAUGUAGAUGGUGGGAACCCAUGUAUUUUAUGUUGUUAUUGGUUGUCAAUAUGAUUUUGUUUUAUCUAUGAUCUGGUACUGAAUAUGGUUUGUUAUUAAAGUAGAAAUGUAAGAAACAAAAUCAAUGUCCUACUGCAUAUGCUAGGUAAAUAAGGUAAUUUAACUGUGACACUAUCCGUUAUAUCAACCAAUUCACUAUUUUACUAUUUCACUUGAUGAUAAAAAUCACGUUGGCAAAAUGUUCUUCUAACAAAAUUAGAAUUAAAAAAAAGUGAUAUAAAAAUACAUACAAAAAAUUACAACGUGUGCUGGCACUCAAUUACAUCUAGGUGCCGGUAUUCGAGGUUAACCCCAAAGACAACCUCCAAAUAACAAUCCUAAAAACUAUAUAAUGAAUACCGCACUCAAUUAUUACUAUUAGAGUGCGGUAUUCAUUAUAUAGUUUUUAAAAAUACAUACAAUUCGAGAUCUCUUAAAACUUAACUAAAGAUUUUCUGAAAAAAGUUGGUAAAGUGCACUACUGUAAUUUAGGAGUUGUAUAAAAAAAUAGCAGUCAUCAGUUACGCUAAUCACUUUUCUCAUAGCAAGAGACUGUAUAUUAUUAAACAUGGUGCAUUUUUCAUACUUUUAAUCAGUCCAAUCUGUGAAUUAGGCAGUUAUGAAGGUAACCUGUGUGUGUCUUCACAAUAGGGUGUAUGGUACCUUUCCACUAAUUAUACCUGGGUGUGCACUGAUUUGUGCUGGAAAUUUUUGGUAUAAAAAAUGAUUGAUAAACCUCUGGAACAUAGCUCUGUUCUACUUCUGGGAUGUACAUUUCACAAGGCCCACCACUUCCUAGCUGAUUUCAUGAAGUGGCAUAUUGCAACUAUCUUUCUUCCAAUUUCAUAUUUCCAUACUUCUUACUCUUUGCCAUCUUUUUGCACUGAAAAGGAAGGGGUAGGCUUUAUGACAACUAAUUGAUUAAUGUUCCCAGGUAUGCUUUGUUGCUACCCUAAUUAUUUUUAAUCUAUCUGUGCUUAAUCAGCUGCCCUCUCUGCGAGCUAUACUUUUCCCAAGUUUAGGUUAGAGGAGGAGUACAUAUACCAAAGUAAAUAUGUCACUUGGCACUUAUGGAUGCUUUGCCCAGAUUACGUCUUGUCUUGGGUACCACUUGAUCUUAUUUUUCUUGGACUGCGCCUACCUUUUAAGUGCUUAUCUGUGAAAGUUUCCUGAAUGCAAACCUGUGCUAUUGCAGAAAAAUAAAAUACAUUUCAAAUGUAAAAACAAACAAAAGAAACAAAUGUAUGUUCCACAUCCUACUUUUUGUACUUUUUUAACUUGGAAACUUCCUUGGAAAAUACAGAUAAACACAAAUUGUGCUUUCUUAUUGACAACUAUCGUGUCGUCCAAAUACAUUUUAAUCUUCAGGCCCUGUUUUCAAACCAUCAUACUAUGGUCCGAGCAGUUGCGUAAAAGACUUUACAGAAUGAUCUUCGGAUAUAUUGAUGAUUUUAUAUCAUAUGUUUAUAGUUUGUGCUUUACAAGACAUAUUAUAGUAACAUGCUCUAUCAUUUUACAACUGUAUCAACCCACCCACAAUGGGCUUGGAAUAAAAUCUUUAAAAGAGUUUUCUUUGUACAAUCUUUGUAAUCCAUCUUGGCCACGGCUGUUUGCCAUCUUCUUUGUCCUUAGUAGUAUAAUUUGAAAUGUUCAACUUCAGACCUGGCUUUUUACUCCUUCCUUCUGAUUCAGGAUGAACUGCAGGAUAUCCUGUUGGGCGGAACAGGAAAUAACAAGACAACCUAAUUAAUGGUUUAACAAACCUGCUUAUAAAUGAAAACAUUCCAUCAUCUAAUCCAAGAAAUAUCAGUUCAUUAUUACAGUAUAUUUACCGUGACAUCAUUUUAUGAAGUAUUGUGAUAUCAUGUAAAGCAGGUAGGCAAAAGUUAGACUCACAGUUGAUGAACUUUAGAGCUGGCAAAGCUUCAUAGAAGUUAGUUUUAUAACAAUUAAAGGUCUAUUUCUGCCCACCCUUGAUAUCAAUAAAUGGAACACUCCAAGCCCUGGCGCAGUCUCACAGUAAGAUGUCAAACAAUUUUUGCAUGCCCUGCAUCUGCUGCAUCUGUUCUCCUCCAGUUGAAGCCAGGUGCUCUAUGAAGCUAGCUGCUCUAAACAGCAAAUUAGAAUAAUGAUCAUUGGCUGAGAGCAUCAACCAUGUCCUACUCUACAGAGACAUCUGGCUUCUCCUUCUAGAGAAGAUUGGCUGUGGUAAUGGUGCACAACAUGACCAAAGUAAGUUGACAAAACUUACCAGGAUGGAGCCAGGGCACUCACCAGCACCAUACCCACUACAAUAGGCCGCAGUGGUUAUGAUACUUGGAUUGUUAAUUUAAUAUUGAUGGUUUUGGUAACAUUGUGGGGGUUUUUUUUGUGCAAACCGAUGAUCUAUGUAUUCUUUGUCAAAAUCCCACUUUUUAUUCCAUUAUUUUGAGCAAGGCUAUGUAAAUGUCUGUUGGUUUUUUUGCAUACGUGCUAGAAAGCUGCAUGACAGCCCAUACAUGUAACUUAGCACUUCUACAGUAUGUACAUGCGGUGUGUGCCCUGUUCUAGAAGACCUUGUAUGAAUGGUUUGGAAGAAGCUACACCAACGUGUGUGCUGGGAGCAUAGAGCUGGAAUGAUUUUUGUAGACUGAGAGAAUGGACCAUGAAGAGGUUCAGGUCUUCUGCCUUUAGUCACCCAGUGUUAGCCAUAGGACAGACUGUAAUGGGUGAGCAGUUCACAAGCAGGUGUCCACUGCUCCUCAGAUUUACAGGAAGAAUAAUGGACUGUACAUGUUAAAUGUGAGUCGCCCUGCUGUACCAUGUAUUCAGAUGCACUACUAAAUCACAAAUAGAGGAGCUCCUGGUGCCUAGGAGUUUUCUGUUUCCACUAAACAAUGAGUGCAAGGCUUGCAUCCUAAUCCUGAACCUACACCCCGAUGUUAAGAAAAACAGAUAAAACAAGUGUUGUCCUGCUCUGUGAGUCUCGGUGACUGCGCAAAAAGGGGUUACAGUAAAAACAAUGAUAAAACAGAUUUAGUCAUUCACCUGCUAGAGGAUUGAACAAUGAACAGGUUACAUGUUCAGACUAGUCUGAGAUUAGACAGUACCCACUGUAGUGUUGCUAUUUCUCUGUACCUAUUAAAAAAAUCUAAAAUUAUAUUUCAGACAAAAUGUAGUUUGCAACAGUCUGGAAAGAUACAGCCAGAUAUUUAUAAUUCCUAGGCAUCCAGAUCUGUGUGACCAAACACCUAGUAAUUACUAGUAGUAAGUGGAGUAUUUGAGACAUCGUCACAGAAUUCCUAUACUACAUGGCCACAAGUGUAUGGGUACCCUUUGUUAAUAGUUUCAGCUACAGCCAGUACGCAGAUCUUAAAAACACAGUGUCACCAUAGGCUCAUAUCUUUUCCAUCGAGUUGCUGUAUUACUCUCUGCUGUGUUAGAGCUUCCUGAUUAGCUGUAUGUGCUCUUACCGUGGUAAGUAGAAAUAUCUAGGAGCAAGAAGAGCACAGUAGGCAAAGAGAUCGUGACACAAGAUAAAAAAUAUUAUGCUCCGUGGUUUUAUCGCCGCCUUCAAUUGUGGCACUCACUAGCAGUUCCACCCAGCUAAAACAGUUCUGACAACACUAAGAUUGGACAUCUGUCAUUAGUCUCCACUUUAGUCUUAAACACAUUUUAGCUCACUUGUAUCUUUACAGGCUGAUCCCAUGCAAAGGAACAGUGUAACAUAGAACUGCCAGCAGACUCCUCUGAACAAAUUAUAUAGAAACCCUCUUCACUACGAUAUAGUAGGUAGGGUGUAGGCUAGAGGUAUUGCAAGAGGUCCAUAUCAGGGUUAUGCUUUAGACUUGAGGAGACGGUGCAUAAAUAAACAUGCCAAAAACUGAAUUAAUGAGAACCAAUAAUGAACAAAAAAAUCAAAACACUUAUGUUGUAGAUCCAGAGUAUAAUCACAGCUUCUGCGGUUCUACUCAGUCAAUUAUAUUAAUUGUAUCUCGUAUCUCAAAUAUUGGAGCCACUAACAAAAAUAUAUAAAUAAAACUGAAUAUUAUUAUUGCUGGCAAGGCCUAAUUUGUAGUUACAUUUUGUCAGAUCUCUUUAUGAUCUAUUUGGAAAAUCCAGCUUGUCUAAAUAUGCCUUUUCAGAAUUAUAUUAAAUCUUUCACUAUUAUAUGGCCUUCAAUAUGUGUUUAUUUUCAGUGACGAAUAAUGUACCUUACUUUUAAAAUCACUACUUGCUGCCUUCUAGUUUCAAUCCUCCUGUACUCAGACCUGGCAUCUCAAAAUUGUGCUAGAGGCGUUUUAAUUGGGAGCACAAUUUAACAAAUCCAUCAAGGCAAUAACCUUGACCUAAUUUAACCUAGACUUUCGUUAUUUUCUACAUUCUAUCAUCAAGUACAUGUUCAUCCAGGUUUGGGAAUGUAACAGAUUUUACUAACCAGGAGAUAGUGUAAUUAGUCAUAAGGGAGUGUAACACAUUUUGCCAUACCUCCCAAUAUUUCAAAUGGACAAGGAUGGACAUUUUAAAGGAUCACUAUAGGGUCUGGAACACAAACAUGUGUUCCUGACCCUAUAGUGAACACCCACCAUUUAGGUGGCAUGCCCCCCUUGCCUCCCCCCUUCUUAGCCCCAUUGAAUCAAUGCAUCUCUAUGAGGAAAAUUCAGCAUCUCUAUGCAGAGCGUGGGGGCGAUGAACGGCAGGGCUGCUUACUAUGCAGAACUGAGCUAGGAAGCCCCUCCAGUGGCCAUCUGAGAAAUGUGGCCACUUGGAGGUGUCUCUAGGUUCAAUGUAAACACUGCCUUUUCUCUGAAAAGACAGUGUUUACAUGAAAAUGCCUGAAGGGAGCUAUUAUACUCACCAGAACAACUACAUUAAGCUGUAGUUGUUCUGGUGACUAUAGUGUCCCUUUAAAUUUAGGGAUGUGAGUGGGGAUGUGGCAUGGGGCUGUUCUAAGUAAUUUUAGGGGACUUACAGUAACAGUUUAUGUAACUAAACUUUCACAGACUGAUUUAUAAACACAUGUAUUGUAGUUUAAAGACACAUUACUUUUGAUAAAGCCCAAACCCAGGCGAAACGCGUUAAGGGAAGGACUGGAAGCUAUCUUAUAUGUUUUAAUAUAUUUUUUAAUAUAUUUUUUGUGAAAUAAAUUGAAACUUUUUUUUAUCCAAUCCUCUGGCUUUCUGGUGCUGCUGGUUUCCUGAUACAUCCAUAUAUCCUUUGGUGGGGAUCAUACCACCACAAGCUAUCAUCACCAGAGCAAGUUAUUGCUCUGGAUACUGUAAGUAGGAUACCUACAUUUUCUUUUCCAACUCUUGGUUUUUGAUACUGUACCAUUGGUUUGUGUAUUCUGUUUUUUUUUUUCUCUCCCAUAUAUAUGGUUGCUGAGUUUUGGACACCCUAACAUCUACAGAUCCUAAGACGGGGAUUGUACUGUCCAGGCGCUAUACAGCAGAGCUCUUAGCAGCUCUGCAAAGUGUGAGUUUGCCUUUUAUCUACAAUUAAGUCUGUUUAAGAUUACACCAUUCAAAAUUUAAACAUAUUGCACUAUUAUUUUAUUAUUCUUAUCUCUUUUUGAGGUUUUUUACAUGCUGUACUACCCGAGAUCUAUAUGUAUGUAUGUAUGAUAUGAUCAAUUGUAAUCUUUUUGGCGCGGUUUACCACUUUUCCUAUUUUCACAUUUCUGUUCACUAUAUAGCAGGCAUUGGGAAGUCCUGCUGGUUCACUGCUGCCUUAUACACUUUUUGGUUUUUUAGUGAGCGCCUAAGCUCUCUCUUUUUACUUGUAUUAUUGCUGUGGAACUCUGUUAUACACUCAGAAACACUAACAAUAUAGAGCUCCUAGAAAAUAGGGACAGAAAGGUUUGGGUCAAAAUAGGGACUUUCCUUCCUAAAUAGGGACUCUUGGGAGGUAUGAGGUAACUCAGUGUUGUGUACAUAGGACAGCAUGCUUUUUGUUGUUAAUCUGCUAUUUGCUCUUUCAUGUGAAAGUUCCAAAUUUCAAUGGAGGGUUCUAGAGUCUGAGUUAAUCUAUAUAUGGUUGUGUAUUAUUAAAAAUUUAAAUAUGGUUAUUUUUGCCAAAUAGUUUACAUAAGUGCACCAUACCAUUUACUAUUUGAGCUGUUUGGACCCUAAAAGGUUACAUUAUGGACUUUUACUAGUAUCUACAGUUAAACUAUGUUUUAAAACUCUCUAUAAUUUCUUCCUAGUCCUUUUCUUCUAAUUCUGUGAUGUUUGUUUGCAAACUAUUCAUAAUUAUAUCCUCCACUGCAACAGAGAAUGUUGUGUUCUAAACAAACUUAAGAUGCUUUGAGAUCUAAUUUAGCACAUCGUGAGCAGCCUCUCAUCUGAAGAUUCACUUAAAUUCUAGAGUCCGGACAAAUAUCUAUAUAUAUCUUUUCAUGUGACUUUCAUUGCAGAGAAAGGUCUUCGUAGUAGCAUUCACACUGAAGCCACGAGACUGGUUUUAGAUGAGAGUUACAACUUGACACAAGAGUCAGCUGCUGUCAAGUUUCAGUAGGGUUGGGCUACUUAUAGCACCGUUAAAGAAAGAGGAAAAAAAAAAAGUAUAGAAAUUUUGAUAAAUAAAAAUAUAUUUUAAAAGAAAUGUAAUGAUUAGCUUUAAAUGAGAUUGGUGGAAGAAAGGAAAUCAUUGAAAAUUAAGAUUUUUUGGGGGGGAAUGCAUAUGUGUUUGUAGACAGUAUACAAAACUGAGGCUGCUUAGAAUUUUCAUCCUUAAAAUUAAGUCCCCGAUUUCAUUUUUUGGAAUAAGCUUUUCAAAUGUUUUUUUUUCUUUUUUUCAAUUUGUUAUAAAUCUAAAUAAAAAAAGCUUUUUUUUAUAUAAAUAAAUACAUCAAUAUUUUAAAAAUUAUCAAAAUAAUAUAAAAAUUCUAAAUUUUAAAUCAUUUUAACAGUUUAUUAAAAAAAAAAUAAUAAUUUGAAAAGUUUAUCCAAAAAUAUAAAAUCUAGGUUUAAAUUAGACAUAGAGGAUAUUGUAGAAAAAUAUUCUCAGUUGUAUUACCGAAGUUAUGGUCUUCUUAAUUAACUUGUUUCAUGUCUGUCUGACUGUCCGUCUGUCAGUCCUUCUGUAUAUCUGUCUGUCUAUCCAUGUUUCUGAAAGUGGCUCUGUAUGUAUGUAAGUAUCUCUCUAUAUAUUUAUCUUUAAGACCUAUAUAAAAAUGUUUGAUGACCAAUUCCAGAAAGAUUCUGGAAAAAGGAACAUUUCCACAAGUGUUGAGAAGUGUAUUGUUUUUAUUUAAUUAAUUAAUUAAUUAGCUAAUUAAUUAAUUAAUGUAUUUAUUUGCUUUAAACCUUGAUUUGUCAGAAUCUACAAAACUAUCAUGUUUAUAACAAGAAGCACUGAAAACACUUUCUUCUUAACCAAAUUAUAUAUUUUUUUCUCAGCCUCACAAAAAAAAGAAACACAAAUCAGUUAUUAUUACUUUGCCCGAGUGCCAAUUUCACAGUAUUCACUUUGUCUCACUGGAACAUGUUGAUUUCUUUGAGGUGUUAAUUAACCAAGUAUCACAAUGUCUGCACGUUUGUUAAUGAGGAUGUGGGAUAAAUAGGGCACUUACAGCACGAAAAUGCUUAAAAUGUUGUGAUUAAUCUAUUCAUUUUAUGACUUUGUGUAUCCUAUUUUAUAAGAUUCUAGUUAUAACAUCAAUACAUGGUUUGCAUUUUUUCUCUUAUUUAAUGUUAGUAUAUGCACAACUAUAUACCAGGGGAUGUAAAAGGUGGUCCCCAGCUGUCAUGGAACUACAACUCCUAUUAUGCUUUGCCUGCCUUAAGCAACUCCUAACUGUCCUAGCAUUUGUAGGACAUUGCGUCUCCCUCGAAAAAGCUUUUCCAGGCUUAAUGCUGACAGUUUUUUUUACCAUAGCAGAGAUUAGGGAAGGACGGAGGCUGUAGUGGUUAUGGUGAUUGGAGUGUUUCUUUAAUUGUUGUUGACACAUAGUGGUACUAAGGUAUUCCAUAGCAUACAAUAGUUAUCUGCAGUGAUGUUUGGAUAUGACACAUAACUGUUUAUUGUUGGUCUGGAGUUACAGUUGGAAUAUUUUGAUCUGUAGUGAUGCCUGUGUCUGGCAAAUUACGGGUACUAUAUAUUUGAAUACAUUUAAAAUGUUUCCAUCAAAAUAUAGAGUUUUGAAUGGUGACAAUGCUAUAGCAGCACCGUAAAGUUACAUUGUUCAUAAGAAUGAAUCUGCAAAAAAUUUCCAUUUACCAUAGCACUGCGUGUAUAGGUAUAUAUAUAUAGGUUUGGGGAGGUUAGAGUAAUGGGGAGAAUUGGGAUUUAGGGUUAAAGAGGUUUAGGAUUAUCACAUAUAUGACUUGAUAUAUGAUUCUCAGCAUCGCUUUAAAUGCAGCAGCACCAGGACUUAAAGUGGCAUUAUCAUCACUAAAACAACUGUAGUUUAACAAAGCAGUUUUGGUAUAUUGAUCAUGUCCCUGCAGUCUUACAUCUAAAUUCACUGCCAUUUAAGAGGUAAAUCACUUUUAUUUCUGUUUAUGCAGUCCUAGCCACACCUUCCCCGGAUGUGACUGACACAGCCUACAUGAACAAAAUGGUUUAAUUUUUAAUCAGUUGUUUAGAAGUUUUUAUCUCUGCUCUGUAAAUUGAACUUUAAUCACAUACAGGAGGCUCCUGCAGGUUCUACAAACUAUUAGCAGUGCAGGAGAUAAGAAAUUCUAAAUUAAAUAGAAUGUGCAAUAAAGGAAGUUUAAACUUUAGAUCUUUCUUUACAGGAACUGUUUAGACUGUGUAAGUCACAUGCAUGGAGGUGUGACUAGGGCUGCAUAAACAAAGUGAAUUAACUCCUCAAUGGAAGAGAAUUGAGCAGUGACACUGCAGGGACAUGAUCUAUACACCAAAACUGCUUCAUUAAGCUAAAAGUUGGUUUGGUGCCUACAGUGUCCCUUUAGGGUUAACGUUAGAGUUUGACUUAGGUUUAGGGAUAAAUGUAACCUAAACUGAAAUAUGAUAUGACGGGGGGGAGAAAGACAGGAGGAGGGAGAAAGAUACUGACAGGGAGGGGGGAGAGAGACGCAUGAGAAAGAAAUUGACAGGGGUGAGGACAGGGAGGGAGGGGAAUGAGAGGGAGAGGGAGAGAGUGACAUGAGGAAAGAGAGUGACAAGGGAGGGAGGAGAAGAGAGCUUACAUGGGAGAGGGAGAGAUUGACAUCCACUACACACACACACAAUCACACACAAUGCACCCCUACACACAAAGACAAUGCACCCUGCACACAGAAAACACACAAUGCAUUACACACACAGACACACACAAGCAAUGCAACCUUACACACCUUGGCAACCUCAUAAACACAGAUUCACACAAUGCAUUCCUUACACACAUAUCAGGCCAUCCCCUACACACUCCACCCCCUGUGAACAAACUCAUUGGUGGAACAUGAAGGUGGACCCUGGGACCCAGACCUUGAGCUGUGUAAAGGGCCCCCAAAAAAAGAGCUGCUUCCCGUUCUCCCAGAACAUUGAUUUUUGUGACCACAGUUACAAACAGCCUCCAGAGAGCCUGUUCUACACCAGACCAGCGGAGCCAGACUGCAGCUAGAGCCCAUCAUCAUCCUCAUCUGGUUGUAAGUAGGCAAUCUAGUAUAUUAUUCGUGGCACUAAUCUCUAAUUUACCUCACAUUAAAGGGAACACUAUAGUCCCGAGAACCACUGCAGCUUAAUGUAGUGGUCCUGGUGUCUAUAGCCUGUCCCUGCAGGCUUUUAAUGUAAACAUGGCGGCACUGCUGCACUGGUGUUAGUUAACAUGGCAGAUCAUAUGGGUGGGGCAUUGUGAUGUCACAUGGGCGGCAAACUUUACUUUUGCCUAGGGCGGCAAAAAUCCUUGCACUGGCCCUGGCUGCAUACUGGCCCUUUAUACACGUAUUGGCUCACAGGUUGCAGCUCUGCACUGACAUCACACAAAUCAAGUGUAGCUCUGCGCUGUGUAGUCCCACCGGCCCUCAGGUCAGUGAGGGAAAUAACAAAAAUAGAUAAUGGUUUGGAAUGGGCUUUAGAAUAAAAGAGGGAAAGAAACAACAUGCAGAUGACAUGAAAAAGAAAGGUAUACAUUACAGCGGAAAGCAGGAAAGGACAUUUGUAACGGAGGGCACUGGGCAAAAGGCACGCAGAAGGCUUUGGCAUAUAUAUUGGAAAUGGAGGGGUGUGGGAAAGUGGGCACCACUGUAAUCUUUUGAAAUUAUAGUAACAUUAUUUAAAGUGUAAACACUAUAAUGUGUAACAGCUUGGAACUAACUACUUUGCAUUCACUGUUUAACUUGUGGAAAGUAAAAUCUUAAUUAAUCUUGCAAUUAAAUUGAGGAUCAGUUACUUACAGCUUUAGUAAACAUUUAGUGAUACUAUAUGUAUAGUUUAAGGUAGAGCUGGAAAAAAGGUUGAUUUUUUUGCUCUUGUAGAACCACAGAUUCACUAUGCUUUUGUCAAUCUGAAGGCUAGCAAAGCAUCAUGGGUGUUGUUUUGCAACAGCUCGGUAUCUAUCGUUUAGCUGUCUUUGGUUUAAUGUGGGUUUGAUAAGGACACUGAUGUUAUCAAAUGAAAGCAAUCUUUUUAUGCUGCAAAAUCAAAUUUCUAUCCCUGUCCUUUUAUAGAGUACAUGUUUUGUAUAUUUUAUGUCAGCCCAAUAACAAAGUCAUUUUACUGCACCUAGCAACAAGAAUUCGGAGGUUGUGAUACUGUUUAAAAACGCCAUAUGUUUUUACAGAUAGCAGAGCAUCAAUACAUGGGCUUGUUGUAACCAGACAACAGUGAAGAGAGAUCUCACACCUUUUCAUGUCUAUAUCACAAGUCACAGUCACCUCCACUAACUACUGUCUGUGUCAACCAUGUCUCCGGUGGCGGUGUAAGCGACUGUCACAGGCAGUCUACUAACCUGAUGAAUAUUAGUUUCCCAAAGGCAUGCACUUUAUCAGCUCCUACGUUCAAUAUUUCCUACCUGAAAGUGAAAAAUACAAUAUAAUAAUACAAAAAGAACACUUACAGACACACACUGAAGCCACAAUGAACUAAACUGCAUUUUUUGGGGAGUUACGACCAGUAUGUCACUUCGUCAUAGAGUACUGCACUGUGGAAUAUGUUGAGGCUUACUAAAAAAAAAUAUAUAUUAAAAACAUAGGAUAGUACUAGAAACCUUUUUGCUUUUUUUUAUAGUGAGAAGGAAGACAAACCAAUUCUUUUCAACUCUUAAUAUAUUUCCUAAUAUAUGUGAAUGUACUCUUACAUUGACUUUAUUAUGCAACAAAAAGAUUUAAAAACCAUGAAGGUCAUUGUUUAUGUUUGAAGCAACAUUCUGUUCUAUUUUUUGUUGUUGUUUAUAAAACUAAAGAAUUAUUCAUAACUAUUAUCUUCUUAUAGUAACUCUGUGCUUUUUACCUAGCAUAUGUGAGCUUCUAAGCGCUCAUAUUUUACCAUAGUAACAAAGAUGUGAAGCUUUAACAUCAGGAAGUCCCGUCGGCAUGCAAUGACUAUUUGUCACUGAACGUGUGGCAAAGUUGUGAAGCACCCCAGUGAGAUAUCUUCCCAUGGUUGCCUUAGGUGACACUAGCCUACUUUGAGAGUACUUUGAUUAUUAAAAAAAAAAUCUUAAAUUUUCUUUUAAAGAAAGGUUUUUUUUUACAGGAACAUCGACGGCACCAUAACAACUAUAGCUCUUUAUAGUUGUUAUGGUACUCUGAGUGCCCUGUGGAUCUUCCAAGCACCACUCCCUGCCUCCCUGCUUGCUAUGGAGAGCUAUUGUCAGCUAUUGGCUGACAGCGAUCAGCCUUGCUCAGGCGAGCUAGCAUUCGGUAGUGGAGAUGGAAAGCAAUGCCCAGUGGAACCCAGAUAAGAAGUCCAAACAUGCUAAGGCAGUUUGAGUACUUACACUGGGGGGGUUGGGGGUACCAGGGCACUCCUGGCACCAUAACCACUACAUAAUGUGUAGUAAUUAUGGUACUUGGAAGUGUUCCUUUUAAUUCUAAUUACUAUUUUCUUAUUCUAACCUGCCCUGAGUGAUUUCAGGCUGUCCUGUCACUACUGUCCAGAGGUGGACAGGGAUGUGUGAAUGUUCAUUCCAUGUUAGCAGAGCCUCAACAGGGAGGCAAAGCUUAAAGCAGCUGGAGAGCCCCAGCUUUUCUCAAACUGUUUAAAAACAGUUUGAAUAAAAAUUUUGGAAAAACACAAAAAUAAUCUGCUCCAUAACCAAUACAGUUAGCAGUGGUGGUUAUGGUACUUAGAGUGCCUCUUUAAGAAGAGCAUUGCUCAGUAACACUGAUAUUAGUGAGAUCGCCCCUUGAUAAUGCAUUUUAAACUGAUACCAUUAUUAUUUAUGAAUUCUGAUUAUCAUUAUUAUUUAUGAAUUCUGAUUAUCAAAUUAUAUAUAAAGUAUUCCAGUACCGAUAAAUAAGCCAGCAAUGCCUGAAGUAUUACAGUGAUUCAGAUAAAACCACUACAAACGCCUGAGAUGUAAUCUGAGUGUCAACUGAAAUGCCCCCAUCAAAAACAUAUGGAGUCUCUCUACAACUGAGAUGGUUUGGGUUCUAAUGUGGCAGCAACAGCUGAGAAUGCUGUGAUAAAAAGGUCACAAGAUACUGGAUUAGUAAACAUUGCUGGAUUUCUCCAAAGGUCAUUAUAUAUACAAUACUAGUAGCUUUAAAAUCUAAGGGGCAUGUCGUAUAAAGCAUUAAUAGGUUUUUAUUAUGUGUUCAUUUAAGCUACCUUGCAGUCUAUUUCUUGGAUGACAUUUUCCCUGAUAUCUGCUUCAAGUUUGUAUUUUAUUAAUGUUAGUGUAAAUAUUAAGGUAGUAUAGGGCAGGGGUGCUAAAGCUUCCAUGAUACCUUGUCAUUCUGAAGGCAUGUAAAGCAUCGUGGGAAUUGUAGUUUAACAACAUCUGGGGAUUUACCUUUUGGGAACCCCUGGUGUAGGGGUUAAUGGUUAGUGUUAGACUAGUCUAGUGGUUAACAUUUAGUUUUAAGGUAGUGUAAGGGCUGAUGGUUAGAGUUAGGGUUACGUUUGGGUUAAUCUUUAAAGGGACAAUAUAGUCACCAAAACAACUUUAACUUAAUGAAGCCCUUUUAGUGUAUAGAUCAUGCCUCUGAAGUUUCAUUGUUUAAUUCACUGCCAUUUUUAGGCGUUAAACUACUUUUGAUUUUGUUUAUGCAGCCCUAGCCACACCUCCUCUUUCUGUGACUGACACAGCCUGCAUGAAAACAAAAUGGUUUCAUUUUCAGUCAGAUGUAACUUACUUUAAAAGUUUGUAUUUCCUGCUAUGUAAAUUGAAGUUUAAUUACAUACAGGAGGCUCAUGCAGAGUCUAUGAAGCUAUUAACAAUGCAGGAGAUAAGAUUUUCUAAAUAUAACAUAAUUUGCAAUAAAGAAAGUGUAAACAUUAGAUUACACUUUACAGGAAGUGUUUAGGAAGGCUGUGCAAAUAUAUCAGCUCAGCCCAUCAUUUUUAGAUUGUAAGCUCAUGUAGGCAGGGCUCUCUACAAUUCUUAUAUCUGCCAACACACUGAUUUUGUUUGUCAGUUACUUUUUUGUUGUUGUAUCACCCCACUCAAUAAUUGUAUUUAGAGUGUUGCAGAAUAUGUUGCAGUAUAUACAUGCUGGACAACAAUGGCUAAAGGUGAUACCCAUUGUACAGCGCUACAGAAUAAUGUCUAUUAACCCCUUAACUACUAGGAACAGGCAAAUUAUUUGUUAUUGUGACAGUCCCAUCAUGUCAUUGUUUAUGAAAGGAUUGACAUAAACGUAAGUAAAGUGUUACUCCAAGCAUAACUUCAGUGAUUUAAAGUGGUUAUGGUGCCUGGGUGGUGUUAGUUUGAAACGCUGCACAUUCCGAGAGUAACCCCUUGUCUGCCGGAGGUGGAGUAGGCUUAUAUCAAUUCUGUGCAAAACUGGCAUUUGAGAGCAGCAUGCACACUUCCAUCAUCCGUGCGGCCCCUGUCCUCUCCUCAGUCCACCCUCCCCACAAUCGGUGAGGAAGAGUGACAACAACCAAGAAGGAUCGGGCUGAGAGGAUAACUUGGCCUUGGAGAAGGAUAAGAGGUAAGUUUAAGCUAUUUUCUUCCUUUCUAUAUAUAUAUUUUUUGUUGUUGGUGGAGGGGCACCACAGAAAGGGUUACUGUACUCAAAACCAGUGUUUUUUAAAAACAGUGUUUUUUGAUUGGAUUAACCAUUUAAGUAAGUUUGUUUAUCCAAGACAAAUAAACCAUUUAAUGCAGUAGGGCAUAUUUAGUCUGCUCCAAGUGACUUGUUGUGCAUUGUCCGAUAGGAAGUAUUAUAUUUACAAAGCUCUUAGGUUAUCUAUUGUCAUCUUCUUCUGCACAAUUUGCUGAAUGCCUCCAUUUAAAGCUUGCUAUUGAUUUUAUUCAACCGUACCUUGGUUUAUAUUUCUUUCAAUUUGCCUUUAGAAAAACGCACAACUCAGCUUGACAUCAAACUCUCUGGCUUAUUUGAAGACACUUUGUUAACUAAUCAUUGUCUCUCUGGUACAAAAUGCUCUGUUGACUGUUUUUGUUCUUUAACCCGAGGCAGGAGUGAAGUCAUUUCAACCUCUAUACAAAAAGCCAUGGUUUUACAGAGCCAAAUAAUAUAUGUAGCUUCCCCCCAAAAAAUUCUUACAUCAAUUUUGAAAUAUUUUUUCUAUCUUUUGUAGUGCAAAAAGAAUUGAAAGACCAAGAGAAAAGAGCAUCUACACCGAACAGCACUGACGUUUUAAUUAGAGUAUUCUCCCCAACUCCUCAGAAUACAGCGAUUUUAUCUUAGUUAUGAACUGAAACAAGGAUCACAAAAGAGAACGCAUCUAGCAAAUAUAUAACAUUAUUAUUAUUUUUGUGUUUCAGUUGGCUAUGUUUGUUUUUUUAAGGUUAAAGUUUACAAUUAAAUUCGUAUUUACUGAAAUAUUCACUAUAACAAAAGACUAGAGUGAUUUGAAUAUUAGUGAUGUCCCGAACGGUUCGCCAACGGUUCGCCACGGACUCAUCAUUGAGUAAACUUUGACCCUGUACCUCACAGUCAGCAGAC